AUUUUAUUUAUUUUAAUAUUUUUUAAACGAACACGCUCUUAGUUAGAGAAAGGUGCUUUUGUCUGGCUUCCACAUGAUUGAUGCUUGACUUAAUCCAGCGCUCUUUGCGCCUUCCCAGGAGGGUGAGGCGCUCUCUUUGUGCUCCUGCGUCCCAUGUGAAGCGAACCAAAGCGGGAGAGUGAGGGUCAGAGCUGUUCGGCAGGGUACCAGAUCCUUCCCACCGGCACAUCUGCAUGUGAAAUCGCCAUUUCACCCCUCCACACUCCCUAAUUGUUGCUAAAAUUAUUUGUGAAAUUGCCUUCCACCAGGAGUGUUUUCCACGGCAAUUGUCACACGAUUUUAUAUGCACGGUGGGCCCACAGAGUUGACACAUGCACCUCUUCUUUUUCCUGCCAUAUGUGCGCUUUUUAUUCCACUUUAAUAGCCGAGCAUUAUUUUUUUGAACAAUUACCUUUUAUGCAAUUACUCCCGUGCGUACUCGAGGGCAGGGCAACCUGUUGUCAUCAAUAGCGGGUCGAUCCAAAUGUUGUCAUUACCACAAACAGCAAAAAGGAGCGAUUUAGACGUUCAUGCUUUCUUAAUUGAAAGGUUAACAAGGCAAAAGCAUCUUGUAGUCGAACCUUGGACAGGCUUUUGGAGCUUUUACGCAGCGUCUGUCCACCCAGGAAACACCAUUAUUUUUAUUUACAUGAAGCAGCAUUGUUUUUUUUUUUUUACUUUCUGCAUUUAUUUGUGAUGAUUUUCUUCAACUUAUUCACAGAUCUUUUGUCAGAAAUCAUAUUAUAACGGAAAUAUAUUUUUUUUAUUUUGAUACUUUGAGAGAAAAAAAUCAUUUCUUUUCUCUAGUUUCUCGUUCCUGACUCCAAGAAUCCUAUAUAUUUUUAACUUCUUCUAUUUCGGUUUUAUCAAUUUGAUAAAGUGCAUUAGAAAGAGGAGUAGAAAUCCCGUUUUGAAGCAUUAAUAUUCCACGGGUUUAAGCAGCUGAAUGUCACCGAAGCGCACAGGUUUGUUAAAGAGUCCGGAUUUAAAGUAACAUUUAGACAUAAUAAGAGUCAGAGCUGCUGCAGGUUUUCGGUGUAUGGAGUCUCAUGAGGGGAGGCAGGGGUGAAUUAAAAGUGGAAUGUGAGGCUCUGAUUGGUCAGAGCGGCCUGUGGCUAAACCCACUCUCUUUCAUCCAUAAAAGAAAGGCCGGGGAGCCUAUGGGAGCGCGCGUCUGUCUCCUCCUACGACAUGCACGAAAGUUGGCCACUUAAACUACUUCCAACCAGGCAGCAGACAUUAUCCUGAACCCAAACUAAGCCAGGGGAAAAGAAUAACAGUGCGAUCCUGCAACUCCCGACAUACAACUUCGAGUCCAACUGCGCUAUCCUGCAGAUUUUAUCCCCAUUUGGCUGCUGUUGUCUGGUUUGAUUUUGGCGUCGCAGCAGAGAGGAGCAUCACUUCUGUUUUUCCCCCAGUGGAAGAAAGGCUAGUCCGGUUUCUCCGCCUGGGAUUGGGAUUUGACAGCAGACUUUUUUUCUUUUUUUUGACCACAUUUUUUUCUCCACCACCUGGACUUUGUGAGAGUAUCAAGUUCGAGUACAUUUUCUUGUUGUUGUCAGUAGCUACAUGAUGGCUACUUUACCCGGAACAGUGCCUCGGAUGGUGCGCCCUGCGCCAGGCCAGAACUAUCCCCGAACCGGCUUCCCUCUGGAAGGUAAGAGCAAUGACAACAUGUGUGUGUGAAAGAAGUGUGUGUGAACUUGUUUACUGUGACAAAACUCAUCAGCUGUGCACUAUGUCAGCCCGUGUGACAGUCACACACACAGUCACACAGUUUGAUAUAGAGGCGACAUGCUGGGAAAUAAAAAGGUGGGUGAACAAAUUGGAGCUCCAGUCAGAUGAUUAAAGUUAACAGCUUCAAUCAGGAGUGAUGUAUGGAUGCAGGAAGGAAACUGGAUUUACCUCCAAAUAAAACCACAACACAGCCAAAUAAAUACUCAUAUUCCAACUUGAUAUACUUACAAAUAGCAUGAAUGUAUAAUUUAGAUUUUAGGAGAACAGGUUGGUAUAUUUUUAGGAAAUGUAAUGAACGUACAAACUCCAUCUUCAUUAUUUUUGUUUGUUUUUAUUAAAGAUAUUGUCUGAUUUUUAAAAAUAUUUACAACAAUUUCAUUUUAUGUAUUCAUGUCAUUGUUUACCAAACUUUUCCAACUCUAGUGCAGUUAAAUUUUAUCAAAAACAAACACAUAUUUUUGUACUAAUCUAAAUCAAAGCGAUAAAACAUAAAAUGAUUAAUGAUUAUUUUUAUAAUGCACUUUGAUUAACUAUUCACAAACACACACACACAAACAAAAUAGGACACCCUGUUUGUAUUAUUUCCCCUAACUUGUUUGCCCACACACUCGCACUCCGGUCCUGUGCACAUAUGGGCGGAAAACAGCUCCCUUUGUAUUUGCAUGCGCAUUUGGGGGAAACAGUUUUCCCAUUACGCCCCGUUCGUGCUCAAGUACUCUGGACCGAAAUGUAGAAAAACCACGUAGCUCGCGAGUUCCUCGAGCUCCGGGAUUUAUUCAAGUGUCCUGCUGCUGGAAAUGGCUUCAAUACACACGGCAAAAGAGACGACUCAAAGGAUCACAUCAAUAUUUGUACAGCAUGACUAGGAAUAAUCAAGGUGGGAAGUGUCAGCCUCUUCAGUGUCUCUUGAAUGUGAAAUUGGACGCUCAAGUGGCCUCGGAUACAUCCUGUCAGACAGACACAGACAGGCAGACGCUGGCUGAAUUUGGCACGAGGCUCUCUUGAAAAUGUAUAAUAUGAUAAUGUGAGUAAACUGCGCCCCAUUAAAAGUCAGUCACAUUGCAAACAUGCCGCUGUUUGACUGUGACACCUUAAAGUAAGCACAUUUCAAAUCUCGUGAGCUUUUCUUCUUGUUGUUUUUCUUUUUGAGAGUUUUAUUAUUUUUAUUUAUUUUUUAUUAUUGUGGUGCAGUGUCCACCCCUCUAGGCCAGGGGAGGGUGAACCAGCUUGGCGGCGUGUUCAUCAACGGGAGGCCCCUGCCAAAUCACAUCCGACACAAGAUAGUGGAGAUGGCCCACCACGGCAUCCGACCCUGCGUAAUCUCGCGACAACUGCGAGUUUCUCACGGUUGUGUCUCCAAGAUUCUGUGCCGAUACCAGGAGACCGGCUCGAUCCGUCCGGGGGCGAUCGGAGGCAGCAAACCCAGGGUAAGUGGGGUCCAGGGGACGUGGGGUGAAGACACCUGAGUGGCUAAAAAAUAUAUAUUUUAUUUAUUUUUAUUUUUUUAAAUGUAGGGACAGAAAAUUAAUAAUAAUAAUAAUAAUAAUAAUAAUAAUAAUAAUAAUAAUAAUAAUAAUAAUAAUAAUAAUAAUAAACAGCCCACCUGUAACAUCUUUCCUUAUUGCUUCACUUUCUACUUGGUACUUUUUUUUUUAACAAGCAUUAUUUUACAUCAUAAAUCCUAAUAAAAUUAAAGGUAUAUGAGAAAUAAAAUACAAAGAUAUUUAAAACCGAUUACUUAACCGAUCACUUAAACCGAUAAAUUUUCGGUUCUAGUCGGUAAAUUUGCCAUAUCACAAAUAAAGACAGAUAUCAUAUUUAUCUAUAUUUGGCUCCUUUUUGAACAUGAAUUCGUUUUUGUCAUUUGUUGUUGUCUUCUUUAAUUUUUUUCAUUAUUAUUAACUUUUUUAUAUAUGUUCAAAUAAACUUCAAUCAACCGAUCACUUUUCGAUUUCUCGUUUUUUUUUGCAACUUCUCCCGAUCUUCUUUCAAACUCACCUCGAUUAAUGCUUCCCCCCACCUCUCUCUUUUUUGUGUCUUUUUUCCCCCCCCUCCUCUGCCGUCCUCGCUCCACUUCCACCCUUCAGCAGGUGGCAACUCCUGACGUGGAGAAGCGGAUCGAGGAGUACAAGCGAGAGAACCCGGGGAUGUUCAGCUGGGAGAUCCGGGAUAAGCUGCUGAAGGACGGGGUGUGCGACAGAAGCACGGUUCCUUCAGGUGAGGCUUCAUCUGGUAAGCUGCACUUUUUUAUUUAUUUUUUAAUUUUGUAUUUUUUUAUAAUCCAGCACUGCAGCAUCACUUCUCAGUUACUGAUAAAACCAAAUGUCUCACAUCAGUGUAGAAAGAAAGCUCACCUGAACUUGAAAACCUCACCUUGUUUUCUUGAUUGAUUUUAUUUUUAAUUUCUCCUCAUGUCAAACUUUUCCUGUGCCAUUUUUUUUACCCUUCAAAAAUAAAAUGUCUGACAGGAUUAUUCUGGUUCUUUUGUGGGUUUUAGAGCUAAUCACCCAUUUACCUUUUUGUUGCCAUUAGUGAGCUCCAUCAGCCGCGUUUUGAGGGCCCGAUUUGGCAAAAAAGAUGACGAGGAUGACUGUGAUAAGAAGGAUGAAGAUGGAGAAAAGAAAACAAAGCAUAGCAUCGAUGGCAUCCUCGGUGAUAAAUGUAAGUUAACAGCAGAAAGUAUCUGGCCCUUUUUUCUACAUAUGUUUGAGUCAUAAAUAAUCAUUAUCACUAUUAUUACUAUUAUUAUUAUGCAGAGUAAAUUGCAGCCUUGUAAACAGGAAGCGCUUGUUUGAAAUAGACUUCCCACUUUUACGUCCUCUUGGGAAAUUGUCCCACAUCCGAGCUUUCAGCUAAACGCAGAGAAUUUAUUCGUGCUUUUAACUCCGAGCCAGCACUUGUUCAUUCACUCAAUUAUUUAUGAGAGCCUUUGGCAGAAGGUAUUUAAGUGCAGAAAAUUAAUUUGUGUAGCGAAUUCCUCCUCAUUCAUUCACUCAUUUAACGACCCCUAAACGACAGCUGACAGUUGACCCAUUUCACAAUCGAUGUCAGUUCACUGACAUUUCACCACUUGUCACUUAAAGUGGAAAUCAAUGUUCAUAUUAUUAUUUGCUCUAUUAGUAAUGCUGAGAGGAGGGAGGAAUACGUGGCUUUGAUGCACGUAUUGGUUGUCACUGUUUGUCAAUAGAAUUUACAAGCUUGUAAUAACCUUAAAAUGUAUUGAGAUCUCCUGUUGUAUACGGUGUGUUUUGUAUGGCUCAUUUUUGCAUAUUUUAAAAUACAACACAGAGACACACAACACAUAUGGGAACAUUACAGGCAAUUAGACUUUGAAUUGAGAUUUUCUUUUAAUCCAAGAUCCCUAAAAGAAGAGAUUUUGUCGCAUUUACCACUGAAAACUUUUGAUUUUUUUGUCAUAUCUUCUGUUUUUCCUCUUGCUUCAAUGCGCAAAGGUUUUCCCCCUCCUUUUUGAUGAUCAAACAUGAGUGAAUGGGUUUUAGAUAAGAUUUCACAAAAGCCUCUCACUCAAAAAAAAAGAAAGAAAAGGAGACACUGCCAAAAAUUUUUCAAACUUGAAGAUGAACUUCACGCGCAACAAACCUCCCCUCCCUCCAUUGACGCUUUUCUAAAAGUGAAGAGUCCGAGGUACAAAAGCAAAUCCUGGAAAGCAGAGAGAAAAGGGGAAAGUAUGGGCCCGUCCUUUCUCAUUCAAAAGGCGGGUAAAAGGAGAGAGAAAAGUUUGGACAAAGGGCACGGAGAGACAUAAAAGGAGAUGAAUUAUUCAGUACGCCCCGCUGUUAGAUAGUUUUGUAAUUUUCUAUAAUGGCCCUUUGGAGAAGAAUCAGUUGAUAGCGUGAAAACAGUCUCUUUUUCAGUCACACCACGCAUUAAUGUUAGAAGAAAAAUGUCCAAAUUUUGUUUCAAAUAUCCCAGAGCCCGUGAGGAUGGUCUGUUAACCCUGCUGGCUUUAGAUGGAUAUUAUUUCUCAGUCUUGAGUGUGCUCGUUGCGCACAAAACAGCCGCGUAAAAGCGAGGAUGUGCAUGCGUAAUGUGAUAUUUUGACAUGUAAACUGUUGACUAUUUAAGUGCUGCAUUGUUAUCGACUUUCAACUCUUAAAUCCACAAAAUGUCCCUGUUUCUAUUUUCUCUCAUUGCUGCUUGUGUUUUAAAUCAGGGCUCAAUUACGUUGCUAUAAAAAGAGCCGCACCGUGUGCGUAAUGCAGUUUAUACCAGCAUGCGGAUGGCAUCUAAUAAUGUUAAUACUUAUUAGAGUAAGCGCUGGAAACGACGCUUGCUGAAUAGGUGGCUGUGUUCGUGCCGGGUGUAAUAGCUCGCAGGCAUGGUAAGAAAUGUAUUUAUCCCCAAUCAGCCCCUCACUCUCCGAGUUUGAAGCACAGCCCUUAUGUGGAGAGGGGUUUUAAAGCAGAUUAAAUAGAGCCUUUUAUUUCUUUUCACUUUCAUCUCAGAGCGGAGCUCACAGUGGCUCGCCCUGGGCACAAAAUUCAUGAGAUUUUUUUUUUCGUUUACUUAUCCAGAUUUUAAGACUUUAUUUAUUUAUCUAUUUGUUUAUUAGGCUUGUGUAUUUGAUUUCCUCAGAGGUUAUAUCACGGAUUUAUCCCCGCUUUAAUCUAGCUUUAUUAAACGUGUAUAUAAACCACUAACCAUGUUAAAAUAAUUUCUAUUUUAUUUAGUAGUUCAGAUUAUUUCUCGGAGGGGUAUAAAGUGGAUGCAGCCAUAACUUAAAAAUAGUUCCACCUUUCAUUUUCCCUCUGUAUUGGAUCUUGAUUUAUUGUGUCAAUUGUAAAGAGUCUGAUAACACAAUUUAGGUACAAUGGUCACAUACUUGGGGGUACCUUUUUUUUUCCUCCCAAAAUCAAAUCACGCGCUACAAAUAGGGGAAAGGUUGCACAACAUCUGUGCAAAAUUGGGCAUCCUUUUGUUUCGCGCCACGCGGCUCAGUAAGAAAAGGUGAAUCAGCUGUCUGGCAUCCAUCUGCCACACAAAUGUAACCAACCUGACUGUCAGCUGAGGUGCAGACAGGCGAUGGACACUCCAGCAAAUCGCAGGAUUACCUGAGCUCCUCAAUCUAAUUAAACAGAUGCCAGGUGGGAUUAAACCCGCGCGUCAGGGAGGGAAAGUGACAGAGCAGCGGAGAGGUGUGAGGCAGUCAGACACACCAGAGAUCCCGGUUAAGAAUGGCUAAAGAGGGCUUCGUGAGUUGCAAGGAGAAAAAAGGCUACAAUAUAAAAAUGGUUUGCAAAUUCACGUCGAGAACCCCCCACUCCCACUCCAAAUAAUAAGUUUAUUGGAGAAUAUCAACCACCCAAACAAAGAAAUAGUAAAAGCCUGAUUUAUCUUGUUGUUAAGGACAAACCCGGCAUAUAGUGAGUAGAAAGCUGCCCCCUCCACGCUUUACAACGCCACUUACUCAUAUGCGCACACUGCACGCACUGGCACACACACUUUCCCUUACGCGCACGCCCAGUCUCUAAGUGUAUGGUAAUAUAAUGUAGCUAUAUUUCGGGUCUAAAGCCGUGCUGAAUGAGAAGGACAGGGGAAUGAAGCGAGAGACCACUUCAAACAAAUCCAUCUGGAACAGUGUGUGAGAGAGAUUCAGUGAAAGUAUGGGGAAGUUAUUUAGCUAUUAAUAACGUUUUUUCCUCAGGCAUUGAGAGUGACUCCAUCUGCACUUUCUCGCAGCUAUUUGGCUGGGUGGAAAUUGAGGGAGACCCAAAUGUUGGGCAGAGAUAACAUACCCAUCAUAGCCCAGACCCUGCGCUGUGCUUCACUGCAUUAAACUCGGAUUAACCUCCCCUGUCCCCGCAGCCACUCAAGCCACAUUUCACUGGAAUUUACAUCGGUAGGCCUACAUUUCAUAUAAAGGGGGCAGGGGCUAAAAGACACGCCAUUAUUAUUAUUAUUAUUAUUAUUAUUAUUAUUAUUAUUACGUAGGCCUACAGCCAGUAAUUUAACAUCUGGAAACACAUGGGCUACAGUUGAUCAAAUUUAGGGCAACAUUUUUAUUGUUAAGUUGCAUAAUCUUUCAAUUUAAAGCUUUCUGUCAGUACCUGCACAUCUCAAAUGCAGUGUAGGCUACAGGUUUUUAAUUUUUUAUCCAAAAUAUCCAAAAGCCAACGUAAAAUCCACUCUUAUCCCAGUUUGUUCAACAACCAGGCUUUAGGACGGUCCCUUAAAGGUUCCUUGGCGUCUCCUUUGAACACACCUAGCGAUGUAUUUUUCCUUUCUAUCAUGAGUCAGAUUAAAACUGUACCUUUAUAAAACUUUAAAGUUUAUAACAGAUAUAAGCUAGCUAGUAAUUAAUAUGGGCUAGCGAACCGUUUUUCUUGUGACAGUUUAAGUCUUUUAAAUGAGUAAAAACGAGCUAAAUUGGGAUUUUAAUCCAGCUAACAGAUCUUUUGUUGCCUAGCCUCCAAUAUUAGCCUAGGUUAAACAGGUUGUAGCUAUUUGUGUGUUUUUUUUUUUUUUUUGUGGCUGUAUUAAAGUGAUUCAGAAAGAGCGGAAGUUAGCUAGCUUACUGAAGUUAGCUCAGCUACGAUCGUUAUGUUACUUGGCAACCGUUGGUCUACGGACGUUUUCAGUUCACGGGCGGAGUAAAGAGUUUAUUUUUUAACUUCUAUAAUGUAUAAUAUUGUGUAUAUAUAAGUUUAUAUGAAUAUGUAAGUGUAUAAUAGCGUUUUUAUACUCUAAACAAAGAUGGCAUCGCUUUUCUUCUCUCUUUUAUUAUUAUUUUUUUACGAAUCAAAAAGAGCGGAAGUUAGCUAGCUUACUGGAGUUAGCUCAGUUACGAUCGUUGGUUGCUUGGCAACCGUUGGUCUACAGACGUUGUCAGUUUAUCGGUGGAGGAGAGAGUUUAUUUUUUAACUUCUAUAAUGCAUAAUAUCGUAUAUAUAUGAGUAUAUAUAAGUGUAUAUUAUGUAUAAUAUCAUUUUUAUACUCUAAACAAAGAUGGCAUCGCUGUUCUUCUCUCUUUUACGAUUAUUUUUCUAUGAUGUCAGGACAACUUCGACCAGGGUUAAAGAUACGCGAGCCUGUUUGAACAUUUCCACUCUUCAGUGACAUUCAGCAUAUUUUUAUACUCCAAAGUGGCAGUGUAAUUUGUUGUUAAUGACACAUAGCUUUAAAUUAUGGAGGGGAGCUCCUUCCUCCACUGUAACAAAUCAGCCUAUUGGUUCCAGCAAGGUAACAUGAGCGAGCCGUGCAACAUAAUAACAUGAAACCCAUUGCUUAUGAGUAAUGAGUAAUGCAUCAAUUUUAAAGAGAGCAGUAAAAGCUUGUAGGCCUACCAUGUUGCAGAGACGUUUCAGUGUCAGGGCUUUAAGUGUCGGCAGUAUUAGGGCUAAAUAAAAAAUGGGGUAGGCUUAAAUUCACUCUGUGCUGGCAUUUGACUUUGAUCACAUCAGAAAUAUUCAUGGAAGCACAAACACUGGCUCUGCCACUAUUAUCCAGGCUGACAGUGAUACCUCUCAAGGCUGUCUAUUAAUUAAAGUGGCGCUUACCAUGUGGGACGACUCCCUAUCUGGGCACAAAAAUGGUUUUUCCAUCUCUUGUGGGGCUCUUGAAAAGGGGCAAUCUUUCCUCUCCAGCUUCUUGUGGGAAAUUUCAAAGUGUACAGAGGAAGACAUGGGGAUUUCUAGCUCAUUUAUAAAGACGAGUUUAUAAUCCUUUCCUGCUUAAUAACUUAAAAGGAUUCAAUUUCUCCCCUCAUUUAUGGGGUUAUGAUCGCACAUUGUUCGACGCAGAUAGUAGCAUUUCAAGGUUAACAUUUCCUGCUCGAAAAUAUCAGAAUAAGCUGUAAGCCCAUAGGUGCCCUUUGUUUAGCCUGCAAUUUCCACCACAAACGCUGAUAGGCCCCCCUUUUAGAUGUUGUUACUUUUAAUGUGAUAACAACGAGGACGACCAGUCGAUAAGAUGCCACCGAGCAUUUUCAAAUGAUAUGAUAUUUAAUUAUAGCAUAUAAUUUCACCAUCGAGAAUUAAAUUCAGUAGGCUUACGCACACUCUGAGGAUUGGAUGUCUGGUUAGGGGGUCCCAAACCAUAUGAGACAAAUUAAAGAGGAAGCGUUGCCCUCCAGGUAUCCUGCCACACACAACAGUAGGGUGCUGCAUUUCUGUCUGUGUUUUAUUCCACCAAUUUUCACUCGUGGGGCUCCGGGAUCCUGCGCUGCUUUGCCUGCAGGCUGAAGGCCAAAAUAAAUAGAGAAUCUUAUGUUUCAUCGUUUUUGGUCGCAGCUGAAGUCUCUCUCUCUCUCUCUCUCUCUCUCUCUCUCUCUCUAAUAUGCAUCACAGUCAUAUCAACAGGUUGGUUUAUUAGCGACAAGAUUUGUUGCUGUUCAACUUAAUUAAUUUGUUCAAUCUGCAGAAUUUUGGGGUUGAAUUGAGAAAAAACUUGGUGUAAAUCACUUUCAGUCAAGUUUUCAGAAUAAUUAUCAGUUUAUAGCCGAGCAAACAAAGUUAACAUAGACCCACAGUUUAUUUAUUGGUGGACUAGAUGCUUGUUAAGUAGCUUGAUUGAUUGAUUUUCUUAUGAAAUUAUACUGGGACAUGGUCAAAUGGGCAAGUUUUAUUUUUAAAGAGCAUUUAUUAUUAUUAUUAGUAGUAGUAGUAUUAUCAUUAUUAUUAGUAUGGAUAUUAUUAUUAGUAGUAGGCUAUCUUUAUUACUUUUAGAAGCUAAAGUUCUAUAUAAUAUUAUUAUUCUUUACUUUUAUAAUAAUAAUAAUAAUAAUAAUAAUAAUAAUAAUAAUUAUUAUUAUUAUUAUUAUUAUUAUUAUUAUUAUUAUUAUUAUUAUCAUCAUUAUUAUUAUUAUUAAUAUUAUUACUAUUAGUAGUAGUAGUAGUAGUAGUAGUAGUAGCAGUAGGCUAUCUUUAUUAUUAUUUUUAGAAGCUAAAGUUUAAUAUUAUUAAUAUCAUCAUUAUCAUCAUCAUUGUAAUCUUUAUCAUUAUUAUUAUUAUUAUUAUUAUUAGUAGUAGUAGUAGUAGUAGUAGUAGUGGUAGUAGUAGUAGAAGCUAUCUAUAUAUAUAUAUUUUUUGGAGGCUACAUUUUAUUAUUAUUGAUAUCAUCAUCAUUAUUAUCAGCUUUGUCAUUAUUAUUAUUAGUAGUAGUAUUAUUGUUAGUGGUAGUAGUAGCAGGCUAUUUUUAUUAUUAUUUUUAGAAGCUAAAGCUUUAUUAUUAUUAAAAUCAUCAUUAUCAUUAUUAUUUUUAUUAUUAUGGUUCCAAGUAGUAGUAGGCUGUCUUUAUCAUCAUUGUUAGAGGCUACAUUUUUAUUAAUAUUAUUAUUAUUAUCAUCAUCAAUAUUAUUAUUAUUGUUAUGGGUGUGGGGUCUGUUUUAUUUGUUUUUCUGGCCCUCUCACAUCUCCACAAACAUUUACAUUUCCUCUCCAGCCGUCUAAUGUGUCCCCUAAAUUGGUGCGCCUUUGUUAGCGCUUGGUGUUUAAUUGGCUGGAAGAAGCUGAAUGAGGCUGACAGGAAUCAGCUGUCCACAGAUUCCCCUGUGAGUCUGACUCGGAAAUCAUAACCUGACCAGCUUUUCCUCCGCUGCAACCAGCUCGUUGAACUUGUCACAUCUAAUUAGGGUGUUAAAACGCGCCGAGUGCAUCAUGGGAAACAGUAGGUGGUGGGUCCGGGGCAGCCAAUAAGGCCUUUUUGGGUCAUAUGGUGGAGGGUGGAAGAGGGGGGAAAGUGGGGCUGAGUAGCGUGGUUGGAUGCUGAAGUUGUUGAAUUGGACCGCUGCGGGCUUUUAUUUUCUAAAGCAGGCCCUUUUUUCCGCUAUUACUUCAAUUAUGGCCAUGCAGCGGGCUACACAGGCCGGCCUGCACGGGCCGUAUAGCCUUGUUUUAAUUAGGUAUGAAAUUAAUUACAGCAGACAUCUUCUAAAGACUUUUAAGUUUGGCUCAUUUUUUUUCCACAGAGUUUAAAGGUGUAACAGUGGAUUAAUGGCUUACUGCCAAAAUUACAUUUUAUUGCAUCCCGUCAUUUGUGUGCAGCCUGUCUAACAGGUGUCAGCCAAUAACCGAGUUCAAAUGCUAAGUUUGGCUGAAUUUAUGCAAGCAGAUUUUUUGUGUGUGUGAGUAACUUGUUUUUUCAGAUUUAACAAUUAAAAACAAAGAUGGUUUAUUCACAAUUUCUCUCACUUUUUCUGGAACAUGACAUGAAUUGGAUUCAGUAUUCUUCCUUUAUUAUAACACUUACACUUUUUUUUUAUUUGAACAACUUUGACCUUCCUUAAAUUUUGUCAUUCCUGGGCUGCUUAAGUUUGUCCAAACUUUCUGCGCAAACAAUCCUUUUCUACUCCCGUUUUUUGAGUCCUUUUGCUCUCUUCUUUAUUUUCCUUUCUGUUGUAUUGGUACAAGAAAAGCCGUGUGAUGUCUGACAGCCUCUUCUCGUCAUUGUUCGCCAAACAGCCUCUAGAAAAGGACGAGAAGAAAAAAAGAGGGAGGAGAAAAGGGCCCUUCUGUUAUUUUCUGGUCUUGAGACUUGCUGCAUAGGCUAUUCAGGCGAGUUGAUGAACUCCUCCAAAAAGUUUAUUAAGGGGAUGAAAACAAUAAGAACUAAAGCCUCUGGGUGCCCGGGCAGACAGUUUAUAAACUAGCUGCUAUUGUGCCUCAAAGGCAGAUGCAUGAAUACUUCUGAAUGGGGGCCUUCAAACUGACACGAUCAGGCUGGACAGCAGCAGUUUUAAAGGGAGAGAGGGUGCUUCUGCUGCAGCUCACAUCUCAGCCUUUCUUUUUUUUGCAUUAAUGUACAUCUGCAGAGAAGGGGGGGCACUUUUAGAGACAUGCUGGCAGUUUCUGGACUUUGGAUUUGCUUACAAACAAUCACUAUUUGGCUCUUCUUUAGAGAAAUUGUAGAAUCCAAUAUUUUUUAUUGGCUCUCUGGAAGAAAUUUUGCAAAAUUUAAGCUCAAAUUGAGAGACAUCUUAAAGACAGAUUGUUUAAUAAUGCGAGAUGGUCUUUUUUUGCAAUGUUAAUGGUUCAUUUUUAUUGACAGAGUUGUUAUAAGUAAAGCAAAAUGUGACAAUCAUCGAUCCUGUCUAUGCUGAAUUUAACGCUAAAAGUAUUAAACUAUUCCUGAAUGUUAACACAACAGAAGUAGAGAAAAAAACGACGGCAGAAAACAGUUGAUGUAUAUAUUUUUUUGAAUGGGGCGCACUGGUUACUCCACUCAAGAAGAUACAUUAUUCCCCUCCUUUUCAGCCAACAAUAGACUGUCACUCUUUAUCCCUCUUCCCUCCUCUGUCCCUCCCUCUCCAGCUUCUCUCUUUCAGUCCUCUCAGUCUCUGGCUCGGUGCCUCCCAACAUCAGAGGGAGUCCAGUGAUUUGUGACCCCAGAAACCCCACACUUAAUCUCGCUAAAGAGGGGGAGCAUCCAGUUUUUUGCAGCUUGGCGGGCCCCAAAUAGGCCAAGCCGGCUCUGGCAGGUGUCAACAUUAGCAAACAAUUGGUCCCCCAGUCCCAACCCCCCCCCUCCGCCUUUACCCAGCCAGCCCGUACCCCAGCGCGACUCUGAACCUAAACUAUGUGAGGCGCGCUGAAAGGAGCCACAUAAUGGAGGAAUGAGGAGAGGGAGGAGAGGAGGGGGAGAGAUUACACUCUGAGACAGCUAUUAGCAGGGAUGAGGCUUUUCUAAACAAACAAACACAAAAAAGAAGAAGAAGAAGGCGAUCAAUACUGUGUUAGUUUACCAAGUGGACUCAUCAUUGUGGCUUUGGAGUAUUUAUUUUCUGCUCCAUUGUUUUUCUGCACUCCUCAAACGUCCGUGGGCCGUAUUGGCAAUCCAAUUUAGUUUGUAGCAGGGGGGUCCCUGGGAGGUCUAUUUCUCCUCCCGGGCAGCUCAUUCAUAGAUUUGGUCUUGUAAUGGAUCCUGAUUGGUGAGUAUUACCUCAGAUAGUGGACACUGACCGGGCUGUCCAGGGGGAAAACAAACACUCAGGGUUGACAGAGCUACGUUGGCUCAAUGGGAUUGCAGCCCCACUCCCUCAUUAGACAAGAGUGUCUUAGCGAGGAGCUCAGAGGAAAUGGGAGUUGAACGAGUUGACAUGUGGACUGUCACUGCUCUCCAGUGGAUAUGUGUCCUGACAUGAGGGCCAAUGUUUUUUAAAAGGCCAUUUAUUUACCUCUCACUGCUGAUUCCUGGCUGUGCUGCCGGCGGAGACAAGUGCUCCCAGCAGGAGGAGGUUAGACUUUUAAAGGUUUUAAUGGGAAAACAAACUUCACGUAUCAGAUGGGAAUCUCAUUUAAUUGCUUCAAAAGGGUAUCAUAUCCCAGCCUGCAGACAAAAAUGCUGAUAUAAAUACAUAAAAUACCAUCUAAGGUGGUUCAUCUCCAGAACAGUCCUGCCAUCACCAGUUAGCAGCAAUAAACAGGUGUAUUUAAGUGACCCCGUGGCCUCUGCAGACAAUGCGGCCUGUUGUAAGUGAGCGCCAUUAACAACCCCGACAAGCAAUAAAACAAUAAUGAGCUCUGAGGACAUUUCAAAACUGGGAAAAAACAACCUGAUCAGACUGUGAAAGACUCACAAAUGUCUAAAAAUGUAAAAUCACAAGUUGAGUCCUUUUUGUUUUGGUCUCCACUGGGAGACUUGCCAAAGGGGACAGACGGUUUUGCAGAGUCAUUUUAGCUUUAAACACUCUCUAAUUAACCAUGUAAUUCAACUUCUCAUAGUCAUUUUGCCUAAUAGGCUCUCGACCAAAACAAAAUAAAUGUUGUUAACAGGCUGACAGAUAAUGUCAAAUAAUGACAGAGGCCUGUGAGUGAUGAGUGAAAGAUCCAACUGUAAGAAUUCAGAGGAGGUGUGUUUGUAUCCAAGUGUAAAAAUCUAACACAACAUGUAAUGACCUUUUAAAGAUAAUCCACAAGUUUCCUACUAUAUAUGCAUUUGCCAUCCAGUAUUCAAUAUAAAGACUCUUUAAUUUGAUCUUUUUUACUAAUCAAAUGAUAAUAAGUGUUAUGUCACAGCUGGGUUUUUAGUUUUGAAGAAAAUAUAACAAACUACUUCAGUUUAAUUGAAUUUCUUGCCUGUCUGCAGUGAUUUAGGGAAAUUUUCAACAAAGAUAAGGUCAUAAACAGUUAGACUUUUAUUUAGUUUAUUAAACUGUAAGAAUUCAGAGGAGGUGUGUUUGUAUCUAAGUGUAGAAAUCUAACACAACAUGUAAUGACCUUUUAAAGAUAAACCACAAGUUUCAUAGUAUAUAUGCAUUUGCUGUCCAAUAUUCAAUAAUAAGACUUAUUACCAUUCGAUUAGUAAAAACGAUCAAUUUAAAAAGUGUUCUGUCAAAGCUCAGUUUUUAGUUUUGAAGAAAAUAUAAUAAACUACUUCAGUUUAAUUGAAUUUCUCGCCUGUCUGCAGUGAUUUAGGGAAAUUUCUCUACCAAGAUAAGAUCAUAAACAGUUGGACUUUUCUUUAGUUUAUUCAAUCGUUGUUAUCCUGCUCAGGAAUAACGCUGACGGAUCAUAAAAGCGAGUACACAGUGCAUUAUUAAGCCCAUGUUUAAUCCUGCAUUGGUUGAGCAGGUCAGAGCCGCAUCAUUUACUGAAAGAAAUGUAGUUUCCUCCGAUUCGCCGUGCCACCUAAGGUUGUCAAACUCUGACAGCUGGCACAGACGCAGACAGUGUGCUGUAUUAUGACCGUUCUCUCUGGUUACCAUGGUGCUGCAUUAGAAAAGACAAAAAGCAUUUCUGGCUAAUUUUAUUACAAUGCAGGAAUAGCCCACAUAAUGUGCGACAGUAAUUACGUUUAGCACAGCUCCCCCUCGGUGAUGAAUGAGGAACAUUGACCAUGGUCUGCUAGUUUAAAAAUCGCCAUUAGCCCAUGCUACUUAGGGCCAGAACAUUUCACAUUAUAUGCUCUUGAUCUGCUUCACCACCGAGUUUGUUUUAAUUGUGCGCGUUUCUCUUUUUCAAAAAAGAAAAAAACCCACAAAGACAAUAAACAUGUUUCCCGAGUGUUGCGAAUCAGAAAUGUGUUUUUUUUUCUCCGCCGAGUUAAAAUGUGUAAGCGGUUGUCCAAACAGUGGGGUGGAGCUCCUGUCCUCGCCGACUAAAUAACAACUUCAAAAUGUUGUCCCCCAUUUUCAACUAAUGGGCUUAUUUCUGCAUCGUCAGUCACUCUCUCCUUGGGGAAUAUGCAGUCUCAGUGUUAAAAAGCUUUGCUACUGUGCCACAUUAAAACCCCUCAAUGUGGAGGGAUCGCAGGAAAUAAUGGCAGGCGAUGCAAUGCUGCACAGAGAGGGGCUCUUUAGGUUUUGUUUGUUUAAUAGAGAAAGUAAAGAAAUUGAUAUUUAACCUGUAAUCUACUUAAAUUAAGAGAAAGAUGUAAUAGAUUUUUAAAAUAGCCCUAUUAUUUACUUCUCUAACUAUACUGCACAAGUUACAAACCAACUUCAGACCCUUUUUUUCCCUCUUAAAAACUCAAACCUUUAGAUAUGCUUCAAAACAUUUCAGCAAAAGUUGAAAGUAACUUAAAAACGUAAGGAUUCAAGGAACUUUAAUUGUCAUACUCCACAUCUUUUACAGUUUGUGGUACGAAAUUAGCUCCCAGGUCUGUUUGCAAGCCAAAAUAAUACAAUACAAUAUAAUUCAAGAGCAAAAUGUAAACAAGGUUAAAGAGCAACAAUCAUGUUCAAGAGCGACAAUUAAGGCUGAACUGAAUUUCCAUGUUAAGCAGCACAAAAUCAUACAUAUUACAGUUGUAUAGGAUAUAUUCACUUUGAGUUUUUACCAAAGUUUCCAUCUUUCUUCACAACUCUUCCUUCCUUUCUCGUGUCCUCAAUAUCACACAAACUUUUCCGCAAUAUUUGCUGCCCGGCCUUGUCCAGAAAAUUAGGAAACUUCCCCCGGGCGCAUAAAACUGUCCGCUGUGCAUUCCUAUACUGUGCCCAGUAAUCUCUCUUUGGCUUUGUUGAGAAAAUGAUUUGUUCCUCCAGGAGACCUCGGCUCAUAGCCCUGAGACGUUACUGUUUGAUUUCCUGCGUAGGUUUUUUCGAAGCUUUUUGCUGGGGGACUGAGGCUCUGGCUCCAGUGCCAUUUGGCAGAGACCCCCAAUAGGCUUUUUUUUUUUUUUUUUUUUUCUUUUUAACUUUCUUGUGCUCUCUGUUAAUUUCAUUACAUUCGCUUUGACCUCAAUUAGCAAAGACUGGAGCUGAGGCAGCGACAUCCUGCUCCACAGAGGAGGAAGACCUCGUGCAGAGCUCAGACUCUAAGGCGAGAAAUUGGGUAUAUGGUCUUUCGAGCAAAGAGGAGAUUUUGUGUCAUGUGAAGUCUUUAGUGGUCCAUGUGACCCCAUCAGAUCCUGAAUAUUAACCAAAACAGGAGGAAGGGGUGAUUAUGUAGCUUUUAAAAUGCGGGAUUUGGCUUUGCAGGAAUGAUGAAAAUUGAUAGUUUCACAAAUCUGUCAUUUUUAAGCAAAAACGAGCUAAUAUCCUACUUUUUGUCAGGGAGUGUAUUAAAGAAAAAAGAGUCCCACCCUUCCAGCCCUUCACGCUUUCACACUGAGGCAGCACAGAGGCCUGGGGAGUCAAUAUGUCAGCGUUUAUGGAUGCCCUGCGGAGCUGCACAGGGCUGUCAGGCCUCUAUUCAUGCUCUAAUGGCCCCCCGAGGAGCUCGUCUCUCCGGGCUGAAAAGACCGGGAGGCCCAGUGGACGCCCUGUUGUUGAAGGUGAGCGUGCGCUCUCAUGGACGCGCCGCGCCUUCAUCCGUAUGACAAGAGCCAUAAAAGAGCAUCACUCUCUGCUUCUCCCUUCUCUGUCUCCUCUGCUUUCUUUCUCCCUUCCCCUCCUCUCCCUCCUCUCCCUCCCUCCCUCCCUCCCCCUCUCUCACUUUCACCUCAAACAGAGAAAAGGGGGCUAAUUGUUUGUUGUGAGAGCCAAAGAUUAUAGAGCCUCCCAUCUUUCUUCCUCCCUUUGCCUUUUUCUCCUCUUUUUUUUGCGAGCCCCCUACUCCUUUUCAAAGAAUCUGAUUCUGUCUGAGGAGAGAAAAGUCUUGGAAUUUUUCAGAGGAAUGUACGAGGCUAAAAACUCUGACACUUGCAGCCAGAGGUUGAGUUUUUGGUGUGUAAAAGUAAGGCGGUCUUCUUCACUUGUAACAGGUUGUUGUCUAGAGUCACUAUCAGCUCUUCCUCCUGAUAAAAAAAAAGUUGACAAAACUGCAAACUCUCUCCUCUCUUCUUGCUGUUUGGGACAUUGCUCUCAGCAUCCCUUUCUAAACUGGAAAUUGACAUGAUAGGCGUGAGACAAAGCUGAAUCCAAUGACAUCUGUCCAUAAAGGUGAGGCUGGAAUGAUUUUAUUUCUGAUAGACGGAGGAGUUUUAAUAUCCUGAUGUUUAGUUACACAUCUCAUCCAGAUUCAAUUCCCGGCUAAAUGUCAAAUUACGACCCGGAGAAGGUCACUGACAAGCAGGAGAAAUUGAUGAUGCAUUUUGGCAUGUUACCAAACCAAGUCAGUUAACUUGAUUUUGCCAGAUAUGCGGCCCCUUUUUACAGCAGCGUGUGUUUGGUUAUAUGUGGAUUAAUUCAAACCCUGCAGAGGCUUUGCUCACUUUCAGAGUUUUGUUUUUGUUUUUCACUAGCAGGGAGAUAACUACAGGAAAAGAUUAUUCAUAGAGAAUUUGUCUCUAAACCACUCCGGUUAUCGCUGUCGUCUAUCUUGUAUUCACAUAAGGUUCCUAUCUGAGAUACAUCCUUUGGUAAAUGCCUUGAAUCACAUGCCUCCUUUAACUCUGCAAAGCCCUUUGGGAUGAACAGGCGAGUGCAUUAAGCGGAGAUGCCGCGCCAUUCUCACAAAAAUGCAAAUUGGGAAGUUGUUAGUUAUUUGAUGUUGCAGCACGAUCCCCCCCGCCCCCGAAACAUCCCUCCGCUCCAGUGUUGGUGGUUUGAAUCGCAUGCAGUCCUGGGGACAGGCAGGCCUGUUUAUAUGCAGGCCUGGAGCCGCAGAGACAGCGCAGAGACAGAUGCAUGUCAGAGAUAGCAGAUCCCAUCGCAGGCAGAUGCCUCUUAUCGCAGCCAUGUUUGCAUAAUUAGGCCUUUUGAUAUUCAGCCCCUCUGACUGACAAAAAGUAUAAUUGCAGCAUCAACUACGACAAAAGGUAGGCACAAAAUAAACAAGUCAACAUAAAUAGGGAGAAAAGACGUGGUGUUAUUUUUGUCCUGUGGGAAAAAAAGAGGGAGGAAAAAAAGCAGUGUUUUGAACUAAAUCUGCUGUCAGUCACAGUCAACUGGUGUGACUCGCCGCUCACAGGCUGGUCCUGUGAAUGCCUGCAAAACACUGAGCGUGAGGCCUGAUUGUAAUUAUGCUGGAACUAAUAUGCUUUUCAAAAUGAGCCAUUAUGAGCUAAUGCUGCACUGCCAAAGCCCUGUCUGUUUUUGUCCCUCUGUCUCGGAUAGUUUGCAAAGGUAUGCCUGAUAUUGAGGCCAUGGGUUAUGAUGUCACAGACAGGCUGACGACUUAGCUUGAUGCUAAUGCUGCGCACAGGUGAGUUAGAGAUACCUGACACCUGCAAUACUGUGAGGGGGGGAGCUAUUUUUAACAGGAAUUUUAACAUGUUUAGGUUUAGAUUAAUUUUUUUUACAAACCGGGGCUUUUUUUAAAAGUAUUUUUUCGGUGAUUUUUGCCUCUAUGGAUAGGACAGUGUGGAAAUACAGGGGGAUAGAAAGAGGGGGAGAACAUGCAGCACAUAGUCGAGGUUUGACUCAAACCCAUGACCGUUACGGGGACCAUGGUCCCCAUGCAUGGGGCGCACUCAGAGUCAUAAGCGAAAUAAGCGCCUACUUAGGGCCCCGCAGCCAGUGGGAGGCCCCCCAACAGUAAUCCAAAAAUUUUUUUUUUUUUUUUUUGGAUGUAUGCAUGAUGCUUUCUGUAUGAUCCAAGAUAUAUUAUUGUGAAAAUAAAAUAAAGUAAAAACAUUUUAGUGCUGCUGCUGAUGUAGGCCUCUGAUUCUUACUGCCGAUGACACUUUUACAGUAAACAUAAUACUUUAUCACUUGGAAUGCUGUGAAAAUCAACCCCAUCAGUCAUUCAUUAGUAUUAUUUGUAUCAUUGCAUUGGUAUUAUUUAUGUUAUUAUCUGGGCCACCCCCUUAAAUGUGUAAAGACAUGUCGGGCGCAUUAAAUUUAUACUGUAGUGGGUGUGUGAAUGAUCAACAAUCAAUAUUAUUGGCAGAAAUAGAGGGCCCCAAAAUCAAAUUUUGCUUAGGGCCCCAUUGAGGCAUACUAACCCGCAUCUGCGUGCCUCAUUCUUUUUAAUUGAUUUGAUAUUAGCAUUCACAAGGUAUCGUUUUUAUUUUUCCAUCUAAUUUUGACAAUUUGCAAAAUGUUUUUGUUUUUGUUUUUAACUUUUACUCAUACACAUUAAGGUCAAGGCUGAUAUUUUCAGUUUUCAUGUUUUAUCACUUAGUUUCUCUCAUUGUUUCCAGUUUUUUUAGCAUAAAGUAGGGUGACCAUACGUCCUCUUUUACCUGGACAUGUCCUCUUUUUGUCAGAGGGAGUUUAUAAAAUCCUUCAAAUGUCCGGGGUUUUGUUUGGAAGUUUUGAGUUUGUGUCGCGUGGACUUACUGACUUAGAAGUGCGUAAAAAACACUCGAUACGACCCGAAAAAAUUCUCAAAAUUAAUUACAUGUGCAACUGCAUAACUCCGCCCCUGUGUAGUCAUGUCCUCUUUUUGGGAAUUCAACCUCGCGUAAUGGAUAUUCCUUCAUAAAGACAAUGCUUUUUAAGGUUGUGAUUGAUUUUAGCUCAUACUUUUGAUCCCUUAUGCAGCCUUUCUUUCUGAGUAGUUACCGUUUCUCUCUUCAGACCCCCUCAAAGAUUUAGAUUCAUGUAUUUAAGUGUCAAAUUUUUACUGACAUCAACUUAAUUUCUGUGUAACGUAUCAUCCCAGAUACUUGGUUAAUUGCUGUCUGUUUAAUCAGAAUUAUCUCAGCAGCUCAGGGGUGAAAGUGGAAGACCCGGGGAGUCCGAGAGGGAGAGUUGGAAGUUUGAGGAAUAGUUGGGGAGGGGGUGGAUGUGAGUGUAGGAGGGGUUAAGAGGAAGCAGGGGUGAUAAUGAGGAUCCCAUCUGCCUGCAGUCUGAGAAGUUUAGUCUGAGAGGUCAGCAGAGGAGCAUCAGGGGAGAGAGCCGCAGUUAAACCUCACAGUGACCUUAAAACUAUUAACUCGCUGCACAAGUCCUUCAAGAGCGCAAACUUUUUUUUUUUCUGAGUGUGGAAGUGUCCUCAUACCAGAGUCUCAGGAGGGUGAGAGAGUUUGGCCCGUCCUCUUCUUCUCUUUAGGGAUUAUUUCAACAACUUGUAUUCACACAGGGUUAACCAGUUAUUAAUUACUGUGUGUGCACUGAAUCUGGUGAAACCACAGUUUAUCAUGAGUGGACAAACGCAACUGAAAUAUAACUUCACUUUCUUUACAAUCCCAGUUAAAACCUCGCUUUUUGAGUGUGAGCUAAGACUUUUCUACCAAAACACAUUGCACAAAAACAGCAGAAGAGCCUCUCAUGACUGUAUCUCAUCAAGUGUAGUUUACUAUGAUAAAUACAGCUGUUUUGUUCAAUGAGAAAUAAUGGGACUAAAAUGGGAAGACAAAGCUAAAGGUAAACUGAAUAAAGACGACUUUUAAUCAAACUAUCAGUAACAGCCCUGAUGGUAUUAGCUAAGUUAGCUUCUUGUUCCAUUUUAAACCCCAGCAGUGUUGAAUACAGACUGAAGAGAUAAGCAGAAGACAUGCAUACCAUUCAUUUUGACCAUUCAUCAUGUACUGGCUUUUUAUAUGCCAGUGAAUCAACACAAAGAGCAGAGGAGGGCAGGUGCAGGUGAAAAUUCAACUUUAUUCUCCAUGUUUUAACUUAUAAAUCAAAGUGACUGAAAAUAAAAAAAUCUUCCCUUGCCUUGAAUAAUCUUUUCUUAAGUUUUCUAGUUUUCUAAAGAUUCUUAAGUAUCUGGAUCUGUGUAGGAGUGCCUUCGAAAACCGAGCACAUCUACGGGCCUCAGGUCUGAGUGGAUGUCUCUAUCGUAUCCAGAGUCAUAUCUAAUAAAAACAGGGUUGAAUCGUCGAUGCUCAUAUUUUCUACCCUCAGACCUCAUUUGUAACCAUAUAUAUCCCUCAGGUACCCACUGGGAAUCUUGACCAUCGAUCUGCCGUGAUUUAAACCCUGUGGGCAUCAGUUUUUCAAACCAUCCCUGUGUCAUGUGUUGAACACCUGUUUUAUCUGGUAGUGAUUGAUUCCCUCUGAUAAAAUCUUGAAACUACCUCCUGAAACUGUUUUAACCUCUCUCUCUCUUAACAGUUCAAUUAUGCUUUAAGCUUCCACCAAGAACUUAGUUUUUGGGCAUAUUUGCCUGAGUUGGAAAGGACAGCUUAAAAAAAAGAGACAGUAAAUGUCAGGUGAGAUUGGUAGUGGAAGUAAAACCAGCUACCGCUAUAACGAAGGCUAAUACCAAAGCAUGCUUUAACCACUUGGUGGACCACUGCCUUUUAUCUCUUAUAUUUUUGCUGAUUUUAUCCUGUACAUGAAACUCAACCAGCUUUAUUUUAAAGGAGUAGUGUGCAGUAUCAAACGGCACUUGGUGAAAAAUACUCGUCUAUGCGUAGAAUCGCCUGAAUGUAAAAAUUGCUUUUUUGUUUUUGUCAAAUUAAAACCGAGUCUUCCAUAUUUACGAAAGGAGCGAGCCUUCGUCACGUAUCUGGAGGCUGCCUUCCUGCAGCAACAUGUACCUACCAUUGCACAAAACAAACAAACUGGUAAAAAAAGAAAGUGGCCGUUUUUUACUGACUGACGGUUUUGACGGUAAAAUUUGACAAACUGAGAAUCUUACUUAUCAUGUCUCACAGGGGCUUCUUGUCCUCCGUAGCUCCAAGACGAUCACGACUUAUACUCCUACUUCUACACGGCUUUAACAGUGAAAUUCAUGUCAGAUCUAUGCCAUGGAAAAAGUAAAAACCGAGCAUGCAAUCUAGGAUUUUGUUCGACAUCUACCAUCUACCGGCAGCUUCAGAAAACAAACAAAAAGCAUCUAAAUAGAAAUGACCGGUCAUUACACAUGUUUUUUUUUUUUAUCGCUAACCCUAACCACUUCCCUCAGGAGCUUUACAUCUUUUAUUUCAGCCGUACCCGGUGUUAUUUUCAAUCUUAAUCAAGCACUCACUCAGACAGAGCAAUGUGUAAACCUGAUUAAUUCCUAUUUCUACUGGGCACAUUUGAAUCAAUAUGAGGGGGAGACCUCAGAGGGCCCCUGGAGGAGCGUACACGGCAGUAAUCGUGCCCACUGGAUGGCACAUAAUUACAUUCUAAUUGGACAAUAAGUAAUGAGACAAGGCAUGAGUGGUUUAUCAAUAUCCCCCUGAACCUGUGAAUGGAAUUACCGCACUCGUAUUAUUCCAGGGUCUAAUCAGAACGUACCUUUUUAUGCCGGGCGGACCAUUAAGAAAUUGACCUCAACAGCCCUGCAGGGAUUUUGUUUUCACUGGGUCUUAUUAUUUCCGAGAUUGUUAACAUUGGCACACGUGUGAAAGAAACAAAAAAACCGACUGGAAAUUUAGAUUUUUAAGUACCUUUGUGCGAGAAAAAGGCUGAAAAAUGGUUGUUCUGAGUCCAGGAUCUUUGUCCCCCGGGGGUAUUGCGGUAUGGCAACCAGACUUGAGCAUCAGACUCUUUCCUUCAUCAACAUGGAGAGCAGCCGUGUGUUUCAAUAUAUUUCCUAUUCGCCAAAUGUUGUCAGCAUAUAGAUGAGUCCCAGUUGGCCCCAUGUAGCGUGUGCCAUAUCCCAUUUUGCUUCACUCAUUACAGGGAGGGCUGUUGACCUUGUGCUUGUGGUUCAUGUACAAGAGCAGAUGUGUUGCCUCUGCGGGGCUUAAAGGGGAGCAGUAGUACACGCUAUUGUCUGUCGAGGUUUAUCAGUCAUUAGCCUGAUAGCAUGCUAAAUGUGACACAGAUUGCGGGGCCGGUUUACUCGUGAAAUAAAGUCUGCGAGACAAAGAGAGGGAAGAGAAAAUAAGUGUCUUCCUUGGAGCCCCUUGAGUACAUAUGUGUUGACUAUGGCCCCUCGUCUCCCCCCCCGGUAGGACACAGGGGUGACUUUGGAAAGUGAUCUGGGCCGGUUUCAAGUGUCGUCAUGGCGAGUUAGCAAGCGAAUGGAUCUACGCAUCCUCAUGAAAACCAACAAAGGGAUAUGCGGUGUAUGUACAUAUCCAACUUUGUAUGUUCAAGGGUGUUUCUGCGGCCGAGUGAGUCUGCUGCUUCAAGAAUCAAUCUUUAUUAAAAAGGAUAAGACUGAAGAAUUGAUUUAAUGAAUGCGGCCUCAUGUCCUGCGGCCACGUGUAAUCCGCAGAGAAUCAUCGAGCACGAGCUCAGGGGGGACAAAAAAAAUGUUCGUAGAAGACUGGUUAGAGUGGCCUGUAAUGAUAGUCUCCAUAUAAUCCCAUAAUUCCUUGUUUAAUUAAACUCUGGAGCUGGCCUUGAGACUUCGCCAGCUCUGUUGCUCUUUUGUUCUCACAGUUGUUAUUUGGAGGCUAGCUUUGAGUAUCCUUUUGUCCACUUGUGUUGAAAGAUGUGACUGGAGUGGAGCUAUAAACAGGGAUCGGAGCCGUAAAACAAAGAAUUAGACGCUCUAACUCGUCCAGGCGAGACAUUCAGGUGAGCGCCGACGGUUUUUUUUCUUCUUCAUCUGAGCUGAAUAGCAAAAAGGCCUCUGUCAGAAGCAGAAAUCUCUUCAUGCACCCUCUUCUUCUUCAAUAUCUCCCUUUAUUUUCCCUCUACCCACACUUUUCUGGACUGAGUAUGAUGCAAUCCAACAAGGCCUGGAGCAACACUGGCACAUCACGCUGCCUUGUCAAUGUCUCAAUGAGGGAAAUUAUGAGAAUAUGAAUUUUAUGACAUGGAAUGAAAAGGGCCAUGUAGUUUGAAUAGACAUGCAGAGGAGGUGAAAAUGAUGCAAUUUUCUAAAUUCAGUUAUAAUGGUAAUGUGCACUGGUAAUGCGUAUUUGCUGUCAAAAAUUUCCCUGUCGGCCCGGAUUGUGCAGCUUUGUGCUGUAUCUGUGUUCCUCGAGCGAAAAUUCAGCUUAGUUGAAUGCCUAAAAAGUAAUGUAAAAUAUGUUCUAAUUCAUUUAAUGACAGCAGAUGGAAACACACGGGACUGAAUGGUUUCGGUGCGAUAUUGUGUUCUAUUUUGUACACUCUGGCUGCGCUGUGUACGAGCGGUGCGCCCUGGGCCAAUGAGAGAGAAAAGCAGGGUGAGGAGCAGCAAGGUGGCCUGUGCAGAUUAACCCCUCUACCCACCGACGCCCCCGCUCCCCCUUAGCCCUCUGCCUCCACAGCCUCUGGGGCCCCUCACACAGGCAGGAUUGUGUAUCAAGGCCUCUUCUAUAUUAAAUAAAUAUCCACAGAUUAAGAUAAUAUUCUCCCAGUUGUGUAUUAUGAAAGGAGAGGCUGUCAUUUGAAUCCUCUGUGUUGCCAGUCUCGCUCUCUUUGAGCAACAAAAGAGCCUCAAAAUACGCAGAUAAUGCUGUUAGAGCUACUUCUCCUGCACUUCCAGCCAGUAUUUUAUGCUUUUUUUUCCCCAAACAAACAAAAAAAAACCUCAGUUAUUCAUUUCAAACAACUCUUUCUCUUGUCUUAAUUACAUGAUCACACAGAUGGCCCUCUUAUCCUCUCCCUCUCACCUCAGGUAACCGCACAGACGACGGUUCAGAUGUGGAUUCGGAGCCGGACCUGCCCCUGAAGAGGAAGCAGAGACGCAGCCGCACCACCUUCACAGCCGAGCAGCUAGAAGAGCUGGAGAAGGCGUUCGAGAGGACACAUUACCCCGAUAUCUACACCCGAGAGGAGCUGGCUCAGAGGACCAAACUCACAGAGGCCAGAGUGCAGGUUAGACCUCCUAGUGAACCCAUGAAGACCCAAACUAUGAAGACAGUUAGAUUUUUAAGUCGAGAGGCCACACAAUCAUCCUAAUAUAGGGGUGAUAUGAUCAAUAGUUCUAUUUAAGAAAACAACAACAAAUUAUCGUACUAUUUCCUGAAGUAUUUCACCCACUUGGAUCUGCUUUUAAACAACCUAGAAUUGGAUUAUUGUAUGAGCCAUUUUAUCGAUAUUAUUUUUGGGGUUUUGUUUUGUUACUCGCACAAUCUCCACAAGGGGCGCUUCAGGUGAAUGGGCAGGUAAAUGCUACAAAGGGGCACAGGUGAAGCAGUGAUCUCUGACACCACUCUCACCCUCAUCACAAACAUCACCAUCAUAGUGAGUUGGACGUAAUAAUGGCAAAAAUAUAAAUCAACAGCAACCUUGGAUUGGACAUUGGAUCAUACUAGAGGCACGUCAAAAACACCUCACUCCCACACCCAGACAGUGACUAAAAUUCAGGUCGGCAUAGUCACUACAGUUAUUUUUACUCAGGAUUGUAACAGUCUGACUUACAAGUUGUGCAUUAUUUUUGUGUUUGGGCAUAACACACAACCCACACAAAGAUUUAAAUCUAUAGUUAAAGCGUGACAACAAAUAAAAGUCCAGAAGCAACGGGUAUUUGCACUGCUGGAGCUAAAUCACUUUUUUAAAAAAGAUUAUUUAUCUUUUUUUUUGCUGAACUUGUAACCAAAAAAUUUGCAUCAUAAAAACUCCGUCUGCAAACACCAGUGUGCUGAAAAAGCUUUGCGCUUACAGAUCAGUAACACUUUACUUGACACCUAUCUCUAUAACGCAUUAUAAAUGUAUUUAUAAUGCGUUAUAAUCACUUAUAGCACCGUAAAACUAUAGUUAUAAACACUUGUGAAUGAUCAUAAUGCUUUUUAGAAGUAAUCAUAACCCAUUAUAAAGCAUUUUAUCAUGACUUACAAGUUCAGGUAUUAUAAUGUGUUAUAACUGUUAACAACUCACUGACAAUACCCACAUAGAUAAUGCAUUAUACAUAUAUUUAUGGUGUGUUAUAAUCUGCUUAUAGUAACUAUCAUUAUAAACAUUCAUUAAUUAUCAUAAGGCUUUAUAACACAUUAUUAUACCUGACCUUUUAAGCCAUGAUAAAAUGCUUUAUAAUAAACAUUUAUGAGUGUUUAUAACUAUAGUUAUACGGUGCUAUAAACUGAUUAUAACGCAUUAUACAUAUAUUUAUAAUGGGUUAAAGAGAUAGGCGUCAAUAAAGUGUUACACAGAGAUCUAUACAGACUGCAGAAAUCCCAGUUACUAUGAGAAACACACAUGACACUCAUGCCUUAAAUGUCACUACAUUACCUGUCUUUUACAGUCAGCAGUGAUUUUUUUAUCCACCAGGAGGAGGUUGUCGUUUUUUACCGUAUUAUCCGCUGCAUGUGAGGGAAUUUGUUGCUAACCAUUAACCUGAAUGUCCUGGCUGCCUGACAGAGAAACUCCCCAUGUUCACACCUCAGAGCGGUGGGGGGAACCUGUCUGACAGUGUUGGUGCUCUGGGUGUUGCAUGUAAGAUUGAAGGCAGAUAUGUACAGUAGAGUUAUAGCAGCAGCUGUUCUUCCAAAGACGGAGAGAGGGAGAGAGGUAGAGAGGGAACGCAUUCCUGAUGGAUUUCUCAUUUCGGCCUUUGGCCAGGAUCUCAUCCCAUCACUUUCAAGCUCGCCGCUGCUUGUAAAACCCUCCACAUAUCACACAGGGCUCCUCAUCCUCUCCAGGGACCCUCUGCCCCGACAACAACAUUAAUCAAUCAGAGGCUAGUAAAAAGGGGGGAAAAAGAGGCACUGGGGCACCCCUCUCCUCUUACCACUGGGGUUCACACUCCAUCUGAACCCCCCAAACCUCCUCACCGCAUGCUAACUGUUCAUCACAGCACAAACAGAACUAAUUCCACACAUGUCUUUGUCCAUCUUCAAACCCCCCAACAUGCAUGGACGUCCCGCAUGUCUGUGUGUUUAAUGCCUCACUCAAGGGAGGAGACGUUUAUCUCGAGGAUAUUUAAAGGCGAUAGGUCCGAUAUGGAAGUUUUCUGAUGCAACAGAUGAUCUUUUAUUUUGCAGACUGGGUUCUGACGGUUGUGAGAUAGUUGGCUGAUAUGAUACGAGCUGCCUUUUGCUAUAAUCAUAUCUAUAAUUUUCAAAGCUAAUGCAUAAAUGUGGUGCAGUUCAAAGUCAUCGUGGACGGCAGCGUUUCCUCAGGUUUGCGAACUAAAUCCAUUCUUUUAUUAGUCUCUGAGUAUUUAUGGAGCCCGACGAAAAUAUCCAAACAUGAAAGAGAGAGAAGAAGAAAGAGGAGCGGAGUGGCUGCUGUGUCUUUGCAGUUAGAUAAUAGACUUAAAUGAUGUCAUGUGAAAACCUGAGGAAUUUGAGUCAUGGCCAUAAUUUGUUAAUGCUGUUUUCCUCUUAAUCUAAUUCUUUAGAGGCUUUGAAAGUCUGCAAAGGUCAACUCAAACUUAAUUUUCUUCGAAGGUUGAGAAGAAAGAGGUUCUGGAAGCCAAAAUAAAUAAUGCCAAAAGUUGUGCUGCACUUUGAUGAGCUCGAAUUGAGAAAGACAUGAAUCUACAAUUAAACUUUCUUUAUGAAAUUUAUUUAGUUAUAAAUGCGGCUCAGAGGAAGUAUUGUCCUUUGACAGAUUCUCUACAACUUGAGCCCUUUUAGAAAAAAUUAGACAAUACAGAUAAGCUACAUCUGUCAGGAUUUAGCUGAAAUGUGCAUAUGGAUGUUGUCUGUAAAUGUCCACCAGCUGGACUCUCACAUAGGUGCCCAAAAGGCUGAUCAGAGGGCAGCAGAGAGGAGACCCUUUGGCCUGAGAGCAGAGCUUCUCCUGCACAGCUGCGGUGACGCAUCUUCCAGAUGUCUCUCACUGCCGUUUGGAGAAAAGAAACUACAGGCUUAGGGUAUUCACUCUCCUAAAGACUCGUAUUUUAACCUGAAUAUGUGUCUGCGGUCAUGGUUCGCUGCUGCACGUUUGUCAUUAAACACGGUGAUAAUGUGGAGAGCGCAGUACGGAGGUAAGCCGGUGCAAACACGCAGCACCAAAGCCGCGCUGUAAAUUAAACUGUGAGUGUUUGGCUUAGCGCUGACUCACAACCCAAACUCAUAAACACAGCUAACUCCCCUGUGUCUGCCCCGGCCUGCCAUUUUAAGACCCCCUCACCAUCCAUCUUUAUCAGCGGAGCGAGCUACCAGCACUCCUUCAACCAACACCACCAGCCUUGCAAUGGUUUUAUCACCCCGGCUGACAAAUUGUGGGAUAUGAUCCGUAUCUCUCAGCAAUUAGUUCCAGGCUGUCUCGGUGGGAGGGGAUACUGACAAGUCCACCUUCAGUUUGUACUGCCACCAUCCAUCUGAUAACCCCCUUAGUUUUACUGUAACAGGAGCAGGCAGCAGAGUUGGAGUGGGAGUUGUUUGAGGAGAGCAUUUCAGUCUGCAAAGGGAAUUUUUCCAGUAGUAUAAAACCAUUUUUCAGGAGUGCCUACUGUCAAAAAUGAAGGACUAUGUUUCGCCAAGUACAUUCAUGCACUGAUUGAUUUGACACCCUAAUACACAGACAGACAAGAUAAUGGAUAGAUAAAUGAUAGAUAACUUGAUAGAUAGAGAAGAAGCUUGACUCUCAUUGCAGGGCACGAGUAAAAUGCAGCAAACUAGGAUAGCGAUCCUUUUGAGUGCAAAAAAAUCAUAAAUUUGAUCAGUUUCAUGGAUAACCUGAAAAUCAGAUCAGUUUCAAACCUGAAUUAGAUCAACUUCUUCUGAACAUCAAUCCGUGGCUUGCAUCUACUCAACUGAGCAAAGCUUCACUUGGCAAUACAAACUCCUUUGUCUUUUCGUCUUAGCUUGUUAUUGCUAGUUUUCAUCUUUUUUUUGUGAUAUCAUCCGAACAGUAACACGUGCUAAACUGUUUACAAAGAGACAUCGCGGCUGCACUGAUAUCUACUGUUUUUAGAGCAGUGAAGAAGAACGACAUUCACAUUACGACCUUAGACUGUAUAUAGAAUGAAGGCCGUCUGCCUUAACGCUGGGUGAAGCCACCGCAAGAAUAGCACCCUCUGGUGAUGGGUUGCAGUACAGGUCAUGAAUCCUGCCUCCUCAAGCAAUCCCUAUGGAGCUGUGAACAAACUUUAGAAAUGGAAGGGGAUAGAAUGGGGUUAAUGUUUUCUAUGAUUGACACCUGAUACAGCCUAUGGGCGUACGAAAAUUGUGUAGCUCACCCGGGGGUAUGCUGUUUGAGCCGAGUGUCAUCACAGCGACUCUCAGCAACUCUCCCACCGAAUGCACACAAUGCUACUGCGCAAUGUUGGUUUCAGGAAAUGGAGAAAAAUCAUGGAAAUACCGAGAGCUUUUUGGCUUCAAAUCCGUAUACUGGCAAAAGGUGGAACCAAGUUGUCCAUAGUAUAUACAAUUUAUAAUUACGACGAUAACUAACAACAAAUAGUUACAAAGAAUGUGACAUUGGCCCUUAGUCAUUUAGUUAACCUCCAAAAACUAGCAUGUUGCCUGUAUUUGACACAAGAGAUCAGAGAGUGAACUCUGGGUCCUGUGUGGGUCAAAUAUGAUGGUAAUCGUAUCACAUCUUACAGAGAUAGUGGUGCUAUUUUCAUUUGUCAAGAGCAUAUCAAACAUGUGGGUGGCAGUGUAGCGAGAAGCUCAAGCCCACGUUAGCCAAUCAGAAUCCCUCAUAGCAGCAACAACAAAAUUGUCCCUUCCGUCUUUCCUGCGCACAAUCUGCCGUCGGCUACCCAAAUCUCAGUUUUUUCCACAUUUCUAUUCAAACAUGCAAACAAAGCCGGAGUUUUUUAAAAGUAUGUCAGGUGAUCUCAGGGGCAAAUCCUCCAUUUGCGUCUAAACAAAGGGUGCAAACAAUGGUUAACGUCUCCGUUUUAUAAAAUAACCGGGUACGUAUAAACGGGGCCUUAAGGUGUCAAGUUUUCAUUGGUAUUUUUCUUCCUUUUGGCCUAUGAUUACUUUGCUUUUCAUCAGUCCUGAAGCUUUUAACAAAACAAAUUAACUCUUCCUCUCCCAAGCAAACCGGUCCAAUAAUUAAAAACGGUAAAAACACUGUAUGAAGAAGUUUAACAUUGAAUAUUGUUGAUGUUGGUUUUCUUUUCGGAUGUUCUUCAACAAACUUAUGAGAUAGAUGUGUCAAAGCUGUUACAUUUAUAUUUUUUACUCCCUAUCAGCCAACAAAUGUAGGAAGAAAGAGUAAAAGUAAUGUUGGAACUCCCCUAGAAAAAAACACAAUAAGUUACUGUUGGUCAGCUUCUUUCUCCUCAUUCUUCUUGUCCAGACUGAAGUUUUAAUGACGGUUUCUCCUGAGUCUCUGCUGAAGCUCAUCAUCUCAGCGUGCCGCCUCUGGCUCACUUUACCGGCUCUGUCACAUAGAUCCUCUUUCAUUACCAAUAAACAUUCUGCAUGUCGCUGUUAUACUGACUGGAAUCUAAUAAGGUAUAAGCAUUGCUUUUUACGAAGCGUGCAAAUCAAUUUGGUAAAAAGUUUCUCUCUUUAUCUGAGGCUUGUGCUGGCCUGUUGAUGCAUGGAAUGAGCUCAGCUAAAGACCUAUGGAGACGUGUUUUUGCAGCAACAGUACGGGCAGAUUCCUACUCCUGCCGCUGCUUUUAAGCAAGUUUUCAACCUCGCAUGUGAAGGUAUAAUCCUAUAAGGGAGGUAGCAAGAGGUAAAUCACAGCUUCUUGAUUGUUCUAGUAUCAAUGGACUACCAGCGGCAAGAGACGAAAUCACAAUAGAGCCGAGUGUAGACAACCAAAACCCAACAGGCAGCUGUAUUCCCGCCAGUCUGGGUUUACAUCUCAUAAAGGCAUAAAUAGGAUUUGUGUAGAUUGCAGGGGAGAAAUUGUUGCAAUGCACGAGUGUGAAUGUUCUAACAGUUUUCUUAUUAUUAGAAUUUAAAUGACUUUGGUACAGUGCUUCUGUACUCCUGAUACUUAUCAAGCUAAUCCCACUCUCCUCUCAAAUUCACACUCCUAGCUACUUUAAUUAGCAUAGUGCCAGUCUGGAAGGCAAGCAGGGAUAGAGAAAGAGAGAGAGAGAGAGAGAGUGAGAGAGAGGGGGAAGAAGAAGAGAAGGAGGAAGAAGAGGGGAAGAAGAGAGGGAGAGUGGGGGGGGGGGAGCAUUGCGUGGUAUGAGACAGAAGAGGAUUUGUACGUUGAGGCUGGUUGCAUCACCCCUCUGUGUGUUUCUUGUGGAUAUGAAGUCAGCAGCAGAAGCAGCAGCAGCACAUUUUGUUUUGUCAUUAUCUCGCCUCUUGGUAUUCAUCUACCGAAUGUUGCAAAUUGGCUCCUGAAAGGCGUCACAUAUUCACUGCUCGCUUGUCUUUGACAAAAUAAUUCAUGGAGGAUUGUCUAAACGAAGGAGGGGGAAUUUGGGAAUGUGAGGGAUCCUGUUUAAGAGGAACAACAGAGGAAAGGUUUUCUUACUGCGGAGAAGUGACACAUUUAUGGGUUAUUGCUGAUCAGCGAUAAGGGAAUGCAAACAUGUCUCCUGGUUGUAAAGAAAACUGAUUCUAUUGGCCAAAAGUGAACAGAAAUUUGCGCCACUGAAUUUAGGAAGAUUUGUUGUUUAGCUGCACUUUUAAGGUUUGCAAUUUCUUCUUUUCUACUUCCUCCAACCUGACUUCUAUAAGACAGGUUUCAGCUCCUCUAUCCUCCCCUGCUCUCAAAACUUUCUCCUCAGAGAUGCGCCGCCAACACAUCCAAGAACACUGGAUCUCAGAGAAACCCUUUUAGUCACAUGAAUUUCGUGAGCCACUCGUACUCUGAAGCUGCAACUUGUAGGUAGAUAGAGGUAGACGUGGAGGAGCUGCUGCGGCUCUCUGUACUGCCGAGAAUUAAACGGGAUUGGGGAGAGCAGAGAGGAGAAGCUGCUGGUCCAAGGUGACUUUGUGAUCAGGUUCCAGAGCGCAGCCUCAAAUCCUCAGCUCCAGGCUGUGUGUGAGUCUGUGUGACCGGGGAGGUGUGUACGUUUGUGUUUGUAGUGUGUGUGUGUGCAUGUGGGAGACAGAGUAUGGUCAAUUGUGCACAUGUUUAUUCCAGUCUAAAACCUGACAACUGUUGGGGACAGCCACUCAGUCAGUCAGUCAGUGAGUGGUGCAUGCUGAACACCGCACACUCAGCUCUGUGCAAACUAACUCAAUAGAGCUGCAAGUUUAGUGCAUUAACUUUGAAGUGAGCUUGUGAAUACUUCAAAUUCCACUGAAUCAGGAAGAUAACCCUCAAUGACUUUUCUUAAUGGAAGGUUUCCUGCCAGAAACAAGAUUUGUCGCGAGCAUUUUAGUAAAAAGGAAAGAAACAAAGAAAGAAAGAAAACAUCCUGGAUAAUAUUUGUAUCAAUACACAAGCAAGUUUUAUACACGGACAUAUCGGCGAGUCCAAAAUACUUCACUUCAACUUUAUUAUGUCCCAAAACUGGGCAAAUCGGGUUGCAGCAGGCACAGACAUUUAAAACACUGCCAUACAUCAUAAAAAGAAAAUAAAUAAAAUACAUUCACAUAAAAAACACUUCAGGAGUUAAAAACAAGAAAUUAUUUGUUUUUAGAUUCUUUUUAAGUUCCAUAAAUGUGCAAACAUACAACAAACUCAGUAAAGCACAGUUUGUAAAGACUUGGGGAUUUAAAAGAUCUAUCUAUAUCUAAAUCUGUACUUAAAAACUUAAAAACUUGUAGUUAAGAGAGUAAAAAAAAAGGGGGGGUUGAAAAAGAAGAGCCAGGUUUGAGUGUUUUGUGUCUGCUGUGAUGGAAAACCUCCUCCUCAGCCUGGAUGACAAACAGAGGGAAGGAAGUCAGAGCGGACAUAAAAGAGGGAGCGGGGUGAGUGGAUGAGGUCGGAGGUGAAGUGGCACUGCGGGGCAGGGUGACGGGGAGUGUGUGGAAGAAAAGGGUGUGUGUGUGUGUGCCCCCUCCCCUGGUUCAGGCAGCUGUUUGUCUGGCCCAGUUGGAGCUUAGUUCAGACUGUGGAGCACGCUCCACUACAUCCCAAUGGCAGAAAUUUCACUGGAGCCACUCUCCACAUUUGUUUUGGAAUCACUGAUUGAGGGAUUCAAACGGGGUCUUUAGAGGCGGUCGGGCUUCAGAUAAAGAUUUCCUGUUGGUUUUUUACCAGCUCGACUCAGUCAGCGCCUGUUGCAUCCUGUUAACUUUUAAGGGAAAAUCCAGGACCAACCUUAGCUGUACGCGAAAAAAGAAAGGAAACAAGUCACCUGGUCUUUACUGUGUUUGAAAAGAACCACCUUCGAAUUAAGAUCUCUACCUCCUUAGAUCCUUUUUAGGCCUAUACGAGUUUACGCGUAUGUUUGUGUGCACAGAAAGAGGCAGAACCCAAAGAGCGGUGAGUAUGUCGCUGUGUAAGUCCCCUUGAAAGUGUCCCCUCUUUAAGACCUGUUUAAAAGGGACGCCCCCUCUUUGUGCGCACUGUUCUCUGUGGCGUAUGGAGGGGCUUUUGUCCCCCUCUUUCAUGUGCUCUCACAAUGGCCUGGGCCGUUUGAAACACAACAGUAGAUGAACUGCGCUGACAGUGUAUUAAACUCUGAUGAAUUGCCUGUGCGAGGCAUAGAUCAAUGUCCUUCAACCCCUCAGCACACAGUGAAGCCGGGCCUUGUCUUUGGGUUAAAUGGAACAGGUUGCUGGCUCCUUUCAAAAGAGGCUCUGAUUAUAUUCAUGUUUUGUUGAAGCUGGAGCCUUUUUAAAAUGUGUAAAUCUUUGCGUUUCAAAAGACUCCCUAUUUUUUUUCUCCUCCUUUUCAUUCAGGGAAUUUGGUGCUGCUCAUUUUGCAGCUUCAGAGAAGCUAACACGCCCUUUUUUUUCCUCUUUAAACUAACUAUUAAAGCUUUUAAAAACAGCGCAGAGCUACUUUAGCGGCCAACGUGCUUCAACACCUCUUAAAGCAUCUUAUAGCUUCACAAACAUACCGAUUUAGAGACUAGUGGCCCAUGUCUGACCUUUUAGUGACUUCUCCCCUCUGAAGGGGGUUGAGGGCAGCCUGUUUACACAGAUCACAGCUUUAGACCCUUAAGAACAACAGAGCCGGACCACUGAGCCUGUAUGGCAGCUCCCACGGGGGAUUGCAGACCCUUUAACACCACCAGUAACGCCACGAACGCUAACUGGAGCAUCAAUCACAAUCAAGGAAAGAGCUAGUUGAGGGAGAAAAUUAAGUUUAAGUGAACAAAAUUUGACAAAUAAUGUGAUUUCUUUUUUUUCUCUAGGUGUGGUUUAGCAACAGGCGAGCCCGGUGGCGCAAACAAGCCGGAGCCAAUCAGCUCGCGGCUUUCAACCACCUGCUUCCCGGAGGAUUCCCACCGACAGGGAUGCCCACUUUACCCACAUACCAGCUACCAGACUCAAGCUACCCCAGCACCACGCUAUCGCAGGGUAAAGACUCACACAUGGAGCUCCACCCAGACUUGACAGUUAGCUCUGUACUUUAGAUUUAAUCGAAUUUCAUAAAGAUUUCAUUAGUCUUUUGAUUUGCAGCCGGACGAACGGGCGGAUUUCAUGUUCUCUUUAAUAGCAUUAUGAAUAUAUAUGAAACAUGUGCAUCGUAUAAAAAACUAGACGGCAUUAUGUUUACAAUCAUAUCUUUGUUACAGAGGAAAAGAAACAUGCAGUCUCUCAUUUUCUUGUUUAACUUCUGUCCUUUGCAACUCUUUAACGUAUAAAGACGCAUUUUCCAAGCUGUGCACUCAAUGUUCAACUUAUAAGGGUCUUAACUUUGAGACUGUUUUAAAGUCCCACUCCGGUCGAUUUUCUUUUACUACUGCAAGUGUUCUCAGUUGUCUUUAAGUUGUGAUUAUGAAGUUUUAGUGCGUUUCCUGUUAUUUUUAAGGGCUUUUCUUCUGCAGAGCUCCAGUAGAUCAUUAGCAAUUCACCUGAGUCGUGGGUGCAGACAGCGCUGCUCUGCACACUCGUCUUCACGUUAGCUUGCAGCUUAAUGUUGCUUAUGCAGCAGAAGUGGCAGGUAACACAGGAGACGAAUGUCUUCAGGGACACGAUGAAAGUUAAUAUCAUAAUGAGCUUUCUUACGAGCAUUGCAAUCCGCGAAUGCACACCCAUCUUCCACCAUCAUCCUCUGCUUCUCAGAGUCUGGCCUGUACAGCGGGGCUCCGGGGGCGGAGCUUGGGUUUGUGACAUAAGAAAUCUCACUGUUUCUGAACCUGCCAUUUGGGUCUGCCAGAGGUUCACACAGUGUUGCCAACUCCUCAGGAAGGAAAGUCGCUAGUGGCUGUCGUAAAAGUUGCUAGAAUUUGCUAGAUGACGUCAUCGCCUAAUUUGCAUAAUUUCUCUGUCACUGUCACAACCAACCCCCCCACCCCAGGGAGGAGGAGGAGGAGGAGGAGGAGGAGUCUUCCGUGGGUUGCCUGAGUGUCUGUGUUUUUGAUGCAAACCGGCCACCCGUUGAGAAGAGUAACAUCUAUUCCUGCGUUUAUGUUGGAGUCUCUAAACUCCCGAAAAAGUUGCUAGAUUUGUCGCUAGGUGCUUUUUUGAAAAUAAGUCACAUAACACUGGAUUCACAUCGAUUUGAAUCAAGAAAUAUUCAGAAACGCAAUUCCACACUUACUUUUUUGGUGUUAUUUCCUGUAGCAGAAAAACAUGAUUUUCAUCGGAGUGGGUCUUUAAGGGUUCUCGUUCAGUUAUUUUAAAGUAUUUCAUCCUCUCUUCUCUCUCUCCCCUGUGCUCUGUUCGUGGUGUCAGAGGGCAGCACAUUGCACAGACCCCAGCCCCUGCCUCCAUCCUCCAUGCACCAGGGAGGUCUGAGUGCUGACAGCAGCUCCGCUUACGGCCUCUCAUCCAACCGACACAGCUUCUCCAGCUACUCCGACACCUUCAUGAGCCCCUCGGCCUCCAGCAACCACAUGAACCCUGUGGGCAACGGCCUCUCCCCACAGGUCAGACCAACACUUCUCACCUCAGUACAUCUGCAAGGAUAAUAUAAUGUUCCCCAUGUAAAGGUGUUGUUCUUCGCUCUACUAUCUCUCCUCCUCCUCCUCCUCUUCCUCCUCUUGAAUGUAAUUGUAUUUGACUGGAAAUUAAAAUUCAGAAACAGCAUGUUCAGCAAACUCACUGGCAGUGUAGGCUUUUAUGUUCGCUUUCCAAAGCCCCUGGAUUUAUUUUAGCUACUCCAAAUUGCUACAUUUGUAAAACAAUUGGAUUAACAUCAACAAAUUAAAAUUCAUCUUGAUAGCACCGCAAGUACUCGAGCUGCUCCAAACAGCCAUUUUUCCCCCGACUUUCCUGGGACAUCUAAAUCCUGCAGAACACAUGCAGAUGAAAUAAUUAGCUAAAGCUUAUAAAUGUAGACCCAUAAUCUUCUUCACGUAAUUGUCUGCAGCUGGAAGACUGCAGUGCUAUGUGUGAUAUUUUCUCCUCUUCGUCGCUUUAUUGCAAAGCGGUUCACGCAGAGGCGAUGUGUUUUUCCCUCCUGCUGUCCUGUUAUGAUAAAGAACAACAUUACCCAGGUUUCUUAGGUACACAGGCCCUUGAGAUGUCAGCAUAUAUCUAAAAUACUGCAUCCUCUAUUCUUUAUGUUCGCCUGCUUAAUGUCUGAUACAGCAUGUGUGGGAUUUUUAGCCUCCUCUUUGUUAAAAAGCGGCAGGAUUUUGCAUGUUGGACACCUCCAUUAAUGAGCGUUUAAACACGGCUCUGUGCUAAGGGUUGAGCCUUAAGUAGCACAGAAUGAAAAAUGAUUUGUAUUGAUGCAAAUCGUGUGUACGGACCGAAUUAUACACAAUUACCCAUCAAUACUGGCCAGUCUUGCCCACCCUCACCAACAAGAUGUGGUUAACAGGCAGAAAAUAAGAUUGAAAUGGUGUGUAAAGAGUUGAAAAUGAAUUUCAAUGCUGCAUUUGUCCACAAUUACCCCGUCGUUCACACGUGUUUUAUUGGGAGUUUUUUUUUUUUUUUUUCUUCUCCUUCAAAUAUUUCUCAAAGCAGAUUGGAAACAUUCUUGGUAUUACCCUCUUUCUUCGGAGAAGAAAGAAUUAAGGAUUUUGUGACAAAAAAGAGAUUUUCUCUCCUGCUGCAGCGACAGAGGAUAACAUGGAGGCUCACAGCGUGUUUGAUUGUUAAUCGUGGCACAGGGGCUUUAACUGCUAAUGCUCUCACUGCAAACCUGCAGAAAAACACCAGGAACAUGGAGACGUUUUUUUUUUUUUUUUUUUUUCAUUAAUGGCUCUCUCUAAUACUGGCAUGGGGCGCUCUGUCGCUUUCUCUCCCUCUCUGCUCUGGCAUUCAAGAAUGUGUUGGGAUAUUAAACAUUUCCUGUCAUAGUGAGGAUUAGGACAGAGCCUUUGGGCAACUGUACAGCACGGAUUUCCCCUUUUCAAUUACUCCAUCAAGUGGGUUUGAUUAAAGUCUUUAAAAUAAAAACACCUGAAAUAUUAUUUAGUUAUUUUUCAGACUUUAAAAUAUGGAUUUACUGUUUUUUUUAUGGGGUCUAUGCAUGUGGUGUGGCUGUUUAGACACGUCACACCAUGUUUGCACUGCUCUGAAUUGAAAUGUAUUGAAUGCAUGCAGAAUGCUGUGUGGCAUUCCUAUCAAUCUCUCAGCAUGGAGAUGAAUGUUCCCACUGACAGCAGAAUCACAGUUCACUCUGUGGUGCAGCCUCCCGCUGGGCUGGGCAGCCUCCAUCUCUCCCUCCCCUCUUUAUCUCUCUCCCUCUUUCUUCACAAACAUACAGAAAACACACCAACAGGUUUGCUCUCUCUCCUCUCAAGACUUUUCUUUUGUCUUUGCGUUCGACCAAAUGUCAAUCAAAGAGAAGAUCGGAAAAAUAAUCUUUGGAGAAUUAUCAUCUGUGUAUUUUUUUUCCCCCCACUCGUGUCGUUUUCCCUCCCUGCACUGGCAAAAGUAGCAUCACAAAGAGGCUUUCUAUCAGGAUGGAAAUGAGAAUUUGAUAUUGUAAGUUACAGACAGCAUCUGUUUGGAGCAGAUAUGCUUGUGCACUGGUAUGUGCAAGCUAUUCCACCAAGUGUCUGGCAUUGAUGGCCUAGCCUGUCGCUGUAAAGAUUGACAAAAAAAUUCUCUGAUUCCCAGUAAAUGGGCUGCUGUGGCGAGGUGCCAAGUCUGUAAUGGAAUCCUGCAGCGUUCAGCAGUCCCGACAGGAGCUCGCGUCCAUCCCAAUCCCAUAACCUAUCCCGACAGCGCACAUUUUCCCAUUACAGGCUGCUGGAGAAGCCAUCCGCACUCAAACUGGUGGCUGUCAGAGAGGCAGAUGCAGCGUGUUGGGCUGGGUGAGGGAGGCACAGUGUGUGUGUGUGUGUGUGUGUGUAAGAGAGUGACGCUGUGCAUGGCUGGGCAAAAGGUAUGAAACCAGAAGUGUGUUUUGUUGUUGGUCUUGUUUCAUUUAGAGGCACAGCAGGUGCUGGAAAGAGGGAAAAGCAAAAGCUGGAGACAGGAAUGCCAGCGUUUUUCACCUGAAGAUUUAAGCUUGAGUCUGUUUUUUUAUUAUUAUUAUUAUUGAAGUCUAAAACUUUCCUUUGAAAUAAGCAUUUUGGACUUUUUUAAUGGCCUUCAUGGUGUCUUCAAUUUGAAUUUAGCAUCUUUAUUUACUUUUCACAAUGAACUCUGUCAAUUUUUGAACGUUUUUAACCGAACCAGCUUCAAGAAAAACUCAGAACAGGCUUUAAGACGGUUUUAAAAACAAUUUGGUAACACUUUAUACAACGCCUAUCUCUAUAAGCCAUUAUAAAUAUAUGUAUAAUGCAUUAUAAUCAUGUUAUAGCACUAUAACUACAGUUAUAAAGAGUCAUAAAUGAUCAUAAUGCUUUUUAGAAGUAAUCAUAACACAUUAUAAAGCAUUUUCUCAUGACUUACAAGUUCAGGUAUUAUAUUGUGUUAUAACUGUUAAUAACAGUUGCAUUGCAUUAUCUAUGUGGGUAUUGUCAGUGAGUUAUUAACACUUAUAACACAUUAUAAUACCUGACCUUGUAAGUCAUGAUAAAAUGCUUUAUAAUGGGUUACGUCUCUUGCUAUAAAGCAUUAUGAUCAUAUAUGAGUGUUUAUAACUAUAGUUAUACAGUGCUAUAACAUGAUUAUAACACAUUAUACAUAUAUUUGUAAUGCGUUAUAGAGAUAGGCGUCAGAUAAAGUGUUACUGAUAAUGCAAUGCAACUAUUGUUAACAGUUAUAACACGUUAUGAUUAUUGCUAUAAAGCAUUAUGAUCAUUUAUGAGUGUUUAUAACUGUAGUUACACAGUGCUAUAAAGUGAUUAUAACGCAUUAUACAUAUAUUUAUAAUGGCUUAUAGAGGUAGGCAUCAAGUUAAGUGUUACCAAAGACUUCCUAAGUUGUGUUGCAUUGGUGAGGAGACAUUUAGGCUCAAUUCCUCAUUAUUGCAUGACAGGGACACCUGCUGGGAGAAGAAAGAAAACAACUGCACUGACGGGAAGAGGAGAAAAAGAAACCAUAGAGGAGCUCAGCUGCAGAGCUUAGGUUUCACUCCACAGAGAAAUUUCUAGAAAUAAUGACAUCAGGGCUUCAGAAGGAGGGUGAGAGUGCUCUGUUGUAUGAGGUUAGCAGUGUGAUAAGGACCUGUGAUGGUGUGGACGGAGGUUUUAUUCCUGUUCUGAUGAAGGAGGUCGACAAAGUUUCAUGAGGAACUUUUUUCUGUUUCGCAGUUUUAUAAGAGUGUUGUGUGUUUUGGAAUGACAAGGAUGUGUGUGUGUGUGUGUGUGUGUGUAUCUGCAGAGGGCCUUUGGGCUGUGUGAGUGGGCCGGGCCUCCACACAUAUACACGCACACACACACACACGUACACGGGAUCAGAGGCAGAGCGGCUCUCACCCCUGCCUCCCUUUGAUCUGUGUCCCCAGGCCUGCCUGCCCGCGCGGCGCUGCACCGCACCACGCACGCUGACACCACGCUCACCAGCGACUCCCCACAACUGUCUGACAGAGAUAAGCCAGGGGAGACUCCAAACUGUGCUGCUGCUCUUCCAUUAGCUCGCGCAGACGCUUCUUUUAAAAAACGGGAUGAAUUAUUUUUAAGAAGCAAGCUCUGCCGUUGCCAAAAAAAAAAAAAAAAAAAAAAAACGGAGAGGGGAAAAUGUACGGAACAAUCUGGAGCUCUGGCUUCAUUCCGCCUCCCUCCCUGACUUCUAACAAGACAUCCUGCACCUGAAUACCAAUGAGAGGGGGAGAUUCGUGUAGUCCCCCACAUUAUUAAAACUUGGGCAUUAAGCCUCUCACCGGGCACUGUGUCAGCUGGCAGGCUCCACUGACAACAAAUCAAAGGGGAUGAGCACAUAGCCUGCAUUCACAGCUCCGCCACUCGCAGAGCAAGAGGGGGAAUACAUACUGGUUAAUUAGAACUCCCAUUAAAACAAAUACUGUUUCAAUUUGGCAAGUAUAAAAAAAGAUGUAAGAGGCUUUCAGAAAAAAGAGACCUGCUGUCGGCAGCUGCCAAGAAAAUCCAGGGACUGUAAAUCAUAUCCACUGGCUAUACUGUUUCUGCACAGAUUAUUAGUGUUUGCUGUUGUUUUUGCAACACUUCUGAACUCGGAGGAAAGAUUUCUGCUGCUCUGACACCACAAAUGCAUCUCUGCAAAUAGACCUGCUGUGAGACUCAUAGAUUUAUCUGUAUCGGCCUUUCAGUGUGCAUAAAGAGUGGCAUUGGAACCAGCUGGUGUAUGCAAAUGCAGAUCUGGCACCAUCAUUUGUCAUCUCCAGAAACUUAACCGCAUCUUUGUGCAGCAAACUUGGGAGCCACCAGAGCUUUUCAGAACCAUGAAAAAAAAAUCACAUUGGGCCCCUUCCCAACCAAAAAUGCUGUCAUGUAUAUCCAGACCGCUGUGAUUAAUGGGUCCUUAGUUUAGUAAUGUUAGCUUAAACUAGAAAAACAUCAAUUAUAUGCAUAUUUUCUGAUUAUACUCAUAUUUUAGGAGCACUUUGUAUCUGUUCGAGUUUCAAUAUUAGUGUCUGAUAUCAGAUUUCUUUUUCUAAAUAUCACAUUGGGCCCCUUCCCUACCACAAAUGUUCUCAUAUAUUUGUAACUAAUAGGUCAUUAGUUUUAUCCCAACUUUUGGUGCUCCGAGCUGCAGAGUGAAAUGUUAGCUUAAACUAGAAAAACAUUAAUUUAGUUUGCAUAUUUUCUCAUUAUACUCAUAUUUUAGGAGCAUUUUUCUAUCCGUCAAUAUCUGUCCAAGUUUCAAUAUUAGUCUGAUAUCUGAACAUUUCUUUCCAAAUAUCACAUCGGGCCCCUUCGCUACCACAAAUGUUGUAAUAUAUAAUUCAUGGGUCCUUAGUUUUAUGGGUCCUUAGUUUUGUCCUAACUUUUCUUUCCCGUAUGGUUGCUCUUGGCUGCAGAGAGUGUAACGUUAGCUUAAGCAAGAAAAACAUUAAUUACAUGCAUAUUUUCUCAUUAUACUCAUAUUUUAGAAGCGUUUUAUAUCCGUCGAUAUCUGUCCAAGUUUCAAUAUUUCAAUAUUUCUGUCUAGUGUAACUUCAUUGGCCCUCUGUUAAUAACGCGUCUGUAUUAGUUUUAGAUUUCCACAUGCAUGCCCUGCAGCUUUAAGAAGUGUAACAUACGUUUAAUCAUGGUUUACCUCAUCUAAACUCAAAGAUUCAUAAAGACCUGAACCCACACUAGAGCACAUCGAGGUUGUAGCUUCUCCUGCUUUAAAUUUGGCUCUCUCUUUUGCUAGCAGCGACGACAGCGCUGCAGCUUACAUCCGCCUGUGUACCUGAGCCAUUUGUUGCUUCCUCCAUCUUUUUUUUUUUUUUUUUUUGCUACAUCUCUUGAGCCCCCCACUGAAGCCCUUUUCUUCUCUAUUCCAAAAUAUUUUUGGUCUGCGCUUUAUGCAUUCAUAAUCUAUUUUUCACCUACCAACCUUCCUUCCCUCCAUUUGGCUUUUUGUCAUCCCAUGAUGCCUUGCCAAUUGCGCUUUGCUCUGUCUUUCUCCCUCUCUCCCUUCUCUCUCUCUCUCCCUCCCUCCCUUUCUCCCUACCUUCCUCUGGUGCUCCAACUCUCUCCCCUGGAGAGGCAGCUCUUCUUCCCUACGCCCAGAUGAAAGGCUACGGCGGACAAUAAAAAUGCUAUUUAAAUGCAAGGGUGUUUGUGUGCGGGUGAGAGAUAUUUCCUGCUGAAAGUGAGCUGCUGCAUCCUGAUAAAUAGUAAAUAUAAGGGAAUGUGAUUUACAUUUAUCUUGCAGAGGCAGCCAAUAUGAAUUUCAGUAAAUCCUAGAAGAUGGGGAUUUAAGGAGGGAAAAUGACUGCGACUGAUUCUCAUGCUGUGUGUCCCACGCAGUUGAAAUGCCUAUAAGGUGGAGAGUGGAGGUGCCUUUUAUUAAAGUAUAGGCGCAGACAUCGAUCCUAUCUAAAAUAACCUAUUACACACACAUAGACACACACACACAGACAGACACACACUGUGUCACAUGUUCACCCCGCCUCGUAUUCACUCAAUUUGAAGGUGACUUGUAUCAAAAUUACAACAGUAGUUAAAUUCACUCUUCAAGCGUUCAGGUGAAGUGUGGGUCGGCGAAACGCUGGGUGACCCUUCUUCUCUUCGGGGUUAAAAGUCAGGGUGCACGGGGUCAUGGGACAGCCAGAGGGGAAGAAGAAGAAGAAGGGGAAGGAAAGGGAGGUCUGGUUCGCUGUGAACCUGUCCUUCUAGCUGGAGGUCCAGAGAUGUUGUCGGGCUGCAUGUGGUUCUUCUUAGUUCCAGAUGCCACUCUGACAGGUGCAUCGCUGUGAUUAAUACUCUCUCUGACUCUUUCUCGCACCCUCGUUCUCUCACUCUGUCCCUCUUUUCCCUCCAUCUCUCUCUGUCUCUCUCUCUCCUUCAAAAACAAUCGCGUCUUUUAUCCUCCUCUCUUCCCUCCUCCUCUCUUCUUCCUCACAAUCAGACGAGGAUCUGGGAGGUGUGCGGGUCCUCAGCUGGUCGUCUCCGGCAGCAGCUCCUCUCCUCUCAGUCUCCAGCUGAGAGCUAUUUCACUAUUUAUUUACAUGUAAUUAUGGCUAUGAGGUGCAGAUAUUAACACUGUCAAGAACAAUUUGACCUGACAUUUUUCACCAGACCUGGCCCCUGCUGUUUUUAGCAAACAUCCCCCCCCUACUCUCCCCCCCUCCUCUUCCUUUCCUCCGUCUUCUUCCUCCCUCUUUUUCUUCUCCUUCCCUCCCUCGAUCCGCCUCGCUUUCCUCCUGGAGCCUGUCCCUCUGCGCACACACACACACGCACACACACACACGCAGGCCCUGCCUCGCUGAAACCACUCUCCUGGAAUCAGAAAAUCUGCCGUUUAAUUUAGAAGAGGCGUUGGUGCAAGGUGCAGAGAGCUGGAGUCAGUGUGUGUGUGCGUCUGUGGAUGUUUGUCCAUGAAUGUGUGUGUGUGUUAGUGUGUGUGUGUGUGUGUGCCCAGGCCUUGAAGGGGCCUCUCUUGUUCCCAGUGGCUGAAUCCAUCCCAUAGUUACUCAAGCAUAUCACUAGCAGAGAAUAGAGGAUUGCUCCCCACACGUUCUCCAAUUGCAGUCCAAUAGACGGCAUAUUAACCUCUGGUUAGUGCGGGGCCGAGUUUAUAGCUUUUACUGAGGGACGUUUAGGAGCGAGGGGGUGAGGAGGGGUUGGGUGGGGGGGCGGCUCUCUCCACCUCGAGCAGCUGUGCUGUCUCGAACACUGAAGGCUGCCCUAAGUUACAGCAGUCUUUAGAGGGUUUUGUUUGAUGAUGAUCUGCAAAGAGAGAGAGGAAAAUGGGGCCGAAAAUCCUGAGAAUGAAUAAGAUUUAUUUACAAUCUCAGUGCAAUGAGCUCAAUCACUUUGUAAAAUGUGGAUUAAAACAGAUUUUGAUGGUUUGCGAAUCCUUUAAAUGCUCAGUUUAAUUUUUAAAAAAUUUACAAAAACAACAAAUCAAAUGUUAAAACUGCAGCACAUUUGAAAAACUGAAAACAAGGAAACAAAACACAAAAAAAACUUAUGCUAGAAACAUUUAGAUUACCAUAUUUUCUGGACUAUAAGUCACUCUGGAGUAGAAGUCACACCAGCCGAAAAAUGCAUAAUAAGAAAGAAGAGGAAACCAUAUGUGAGUCACACCUGUGCAAAAGUCGCAGACCCAGCCAAACUACGAAAAAAAGAGCGACUUAUAAAAAUAUAAUAAUAAAUUUUAUUUAUAACACGCUUUUACAGGUGCUCAAAGACGCUUCACAGAAAUAAACACAAUAUAAAAUACAGAAAAUUUAGAGUAAUAAGACCAACAGUGUAGAAGGUUAAAAAAGACGCAGUAUGAAAAGACAAUAAAAGAACAGUUCACGGGUUAAAAGCCAAUUUAAAAAGGUGUGUUUUUAGGAGAGAUUUGAAAGUAUGGGGGUCUGUACAGUCUCGGAUGGGUUUGUGUAUUCCAGAGGUUGGGGGUGGCAGUGCAGAAGGCGUUAGUUUAGUCCUGAAAAUAUGUUAAUUUGCAACAGGUUAGAAACAUGACUUGAUAUGAAAGGAGCAUCUCAAAGAGGCGGAGUCUGUUAGAGGUCUCUGUGAGAGACUGCGUGAGGAAACAGUUGAGCAAUUCUGAAUAUGAGGAAAUCAUUAACUGGUACAAAAAGUCAAUCAAAGAUUCAACUGAGACAAGGCUCAAAACUAACUCUAGAUAUCUGUGAUCUUUGGGCUGCUAAGAGGGCACUAAGGCAUGACUCUUUAGUGGGUGUCACUGCAUCAAAUCCAAAAAACAUCAUUUGCAGCACAAUUUUUAUUCAGUCUGGACUUAAAAUGAUUUACAAUUCAGUAAAAUUUCAACACUUUCUUCAGCAUCCUGACUCUUUUCAUCGACUCUCCGCUCCUUUGUGUGCAGGAAUACUGCGAGCAGACGCAGGCGCGGGGUGGCUAACGUGUUGUGAGGAGUGACAGCUUGUUCCAGUGCCCACUAAUCGUCCUCAUCUGUGCCUGACUUGUCAAUGCCCAGAUUCUGUCAGUGCCAAUCAGCCCAUUAAUUGAACACAAUUAGCACCCCCACCCAAACCCCCCAUAUCCACCACAUUCUUCAAAGGCCCAUUCCUCCCACCCCCCGCCCUUCCUCCUCCUUUUCCCCCUAACUCUCAUUCUGCUCCUGUCUCUUCAUCCCGUGGCGCUCUGUGGAAGACACUUUUCACUUUUUAUUAAUGUGCCGCGGCCAAUUAACGCAGUGGCAUGCAGGCCAGAGCCCGUCAUCUGCUGCCUGCCACCGUCCCCGGCUGUCUGCUGCUGCUACUACUACUGCUGCUGCUGCUGCUGCGGCCCCCACGCCACCCCGCACGCCACCUCCACCCGUGACCAAAACGCUUUAAUUCAAUUUAUGCAAUCACUGUUAUUUUUAAAUAGUCAUUUUGUCUGCUCAGAUGAGGGGCCUUACUGCCCGCUGGGCUGGCCCUCUCAUGUGAGGGGGUAGGGGGAAGGGAGAAACAUGGGGGGCGCAGGAGUCGACUGACUCGAGGCGUGGGUGGGGGGAUCCCUGAUAUUUUCAUUUGUUAUUUACUUCUUUUAUGGCUGUUAAGUUUCAGGUUUUGGGGUAAUUUAAAGCAGGUUCUUCAUGUGGUUUAAAGGCAAAGAUGAUUAAGGUUGGAGGAGAAAUAUCCGCGUGUUUCGGCUUUUAUAUUUCUGAUUUUCUUUAUUUAAUAUUUGAGCUGCUCUCAAUGUCAGACACUCUCCAGACACUCUUACCUUGUUACUCCAGGGUCACACAUGUAAACACUAUUCUCUUGUUGUAAUCACACCCUCAGGACUGGCCCUCAAAUAUUGAUCUAAAAUUCAGUGUCAUCACUCUGGAUCUCUAAUCACCCUCUGCUGCUGCCAUCAGUAUCAGCCCGGCUCAUCUGCUAAGGUGCGAGAUGCUAUUCUGCAGCACUCAGAUAACUUACAGACAUUUGGAGUGCUCAUUUUCCCCCAUCUGCCCUGCUGACCUCUGCCUAACUUAAAGGUACAUCUCGGGGGCAUUUUGAUUUGGGCAGAGCAGGGAGCUAUCGGUGACAGAGGAACUAAUCCAGUCCUGCGCAGAUUAAGAGUAUUUGUGGAGUGGGGUGUGUUGGCGCUGGCGCCGGGGAUGGAACAGAAGGGGCUCCUAUCAGCUCUCCAGGCAGGCUCGCCCUCAGGCCAGCGCAGUCCUACAGGAGUCUUUGUACUUCCCAAAGCCUCCACUUUCCCCUCGCUCGCUGUGGAUCACUUUCUCCUCUGCCCCCUUCGCUCUAUAGGCGAUCAUAUUUACACCGCUUUAUUUCCUCUCUUUGCAUUCGUGGUUUACUGUUUGUUUUAGUCACAAGAAAAGUGUGAUUUCUGUCAGGUGUUAAAACAGAGAGCAACUGAUGCUCUUUUUUUCUUCUUUAACUUUUUUUUCAUGAAUCACCAUAUUUGGGGAAUCUUUAUUUAGUCAUCCAAAGCAGUGGUUUGAGCUCAUAGAUCCUGAAUGCUGGGUACAAGAUGGUGACAAUGACAUUCAUUUCACUUCUGCACAGCAUGAGUAACAUAAUUCAAAGAGAACUGAAGCUAACAGGUAACAUUUUUUAGGUUUUUUGUUUGUUUAGAGAGUCUUCCAUCUGUCAUUACAAGGUUAACCAGUAAACGUGUUUAAAAAAAGGGGUAUACCAAUAUCUAAUGACCCAGACCCACUGAAGUAAGAAACAGAACACCUAGACUAGGCUGUGACAACAUACAUACAUGAUUACUAGUAGAUUUAUCUUGGUAUUUAUUGGUGUUUAUUGUAAUUGGAAAUGUAAUGUCAUCAUAAUUCUUGUUAUCUUAGUUAUGAUUUUAACAUCUUGUAUAAUUCUUCUGCUUGGACUUUUAUCAUUUUAAUCUAUACAAAUGUUUACUUUCUUCUUGUGAACCCCAGGAAGAGUAGCUGCUACUUAGGUAAUAACUAAUGGGGAUCCAAAUAAAUAAAUAAAAACCGAAUAAAUACUGAGUCUUUUCCCAAAAUGAAUCACUCCAAACACUGGAUAUGUUAAACCUUAUGGGAUAAACAAUAUUUUUCUCCAUAUUAAGCAGGAUUGACUCAUAAAGAUGAAAAUGCCAAAGAUUUUAUUAUGUGGUAGCAUGAAUGGUGCAAUAAGACUAGGAAUUAUCUUGAAAACAGACUUUAAGUUUUAUUCUGCAAACUCCAAAAAAGAUUUAAAAGCAACAGAAACUCCUAAGAUGCAAUAAAACCUCAUAUUUUCCUACAUAUUUAAACUGAAAUAUGAAGAAUUGAUGUCUUUUCACGCUCAGCAUUGUGAGCCCAAUAUGUCUGAAAUAGAAAAACAGAAGUACUUCAGCACUUUUCAGCACAUCUGCACUUUAUUUCUUUCCUCUCGUCUUUGUUUAUGUUUUCUUCUCAGUCUUUCUGUCACAUUGUUUUAUUCUGGAAAAGAAACCCGACAAAGAACAUCUCGUCAAACAUUCCCACAGACAAUAAAAAAAAAUGUAAUUUGACUGUUGAAGAAAUUAGGAGGUAUGAAAGGCCCUCUUUUUGUGUCUCAAGUGCACUAUUUAUUUAUCUGAAAGGAUGCACAUUGUAUCAAUUUGCACUUCCCCGUUCACUUCGCCACAGGCUGGAGGGCUCAGAAGUUGAGAGAAUUAAUUACUUUUUUAUUAUUAUUUAUAAAGUAAUCUAUCUGCAGAGAGAGAGAGAGAGGGAGUGGAAAAAGGAGAAGGAGAGAGUGAGGAGGAGGAGGAGGAAGAAGAGGGGGAGGGAGGCAGGGAACGCCCUGGAGCAUUGUCCUUUAAACUAGGUCCUGGCUCACAUUAUCUCCCAAACCAGCACUCACACAACGUCGAACAACAAACGAACUCCGGGCUGCUGAGGACGCUGAGUGCAAGGAGAGAGAGAGGGAGAAAGAAAGGGAGAGAGGAGGAGGAGGGGGAGGAAAGGAAGGGAAGGAGUAAAGUCUUCUCUGCAAAGUGUGGGGAGUGUGUGAGGAAAACUAAGUGGCUGUAAAGAGGACUCAAAUUCAAACUAAUGUUUAAGUAAAUGAACCUUCAAGACGACUAGACUCAAUCCAUCUAUCAAAUACUGCAAAGACGGAGAGCUUGUCAAUCAAAGGCCUGUCUUUUUUUGAGAGUAUAUUAAGCCUGGGAAAUUUUUAACGUUAAUAGAAAUGCUUUCAGUUUCUCUAAGUGAGGGAAUUAAAUGGAAAACUUUUGCAUUCAUGUGUGCAAGAAUCUAAAUAUUUUGAUGCAUGUAUUGCAAGCAGUGAGAGAGAUGCACCAAAGUAUACAGCUGCAUUUUUAUUUAACCUUUAAUGUGACAUUAAGAACCUUUUUUUCAAGGGAGUCCUGGCCAAGAGACAGCAAACACAAAAUACAGUUACAUCUUUGCAUAAAUAAGACACAGAACUUCAACACAUUAUGAGAAACAAGUGCAUAUUGUGGAAUUGGCCUCAAUAACUCUCAGUUUGGAUUUAAAAGUUUUUAAAGAAAUUUAGUCUGUCAGUUUCCAGUCUUUCUGAAGUAUAUUCCAUUAAUAAAGUGAAUAAGUUUAUUGGUGGAAGAGUCAUUUAACAUUUUAUUUAAAGUCAUAGAAGUUUGCUGGUUGCAAAAAUACGAAAUAAACCUCAAUGUGUAACCUUCAAUCCUGUAUAAGUGCUUAAAAGAAGAUGCUAAAUAACCGCGAUACUGCCAAACAGAGCAAAGAGAGACUGGGAUGACAACACUGAAGGAGCAUGGAUUUUUUUUUUUCACAGUCCAGAAGAGCUUAUACCUUCUCCCCUCGAGCCAAAAUCUUGAAAUCACUGCAUUUCAGUCAUCUCUCCGGACUGAAGAGAUGACUGAAUGUCCUCACAUAACAACACUUCACUCGACUCUAAUUGCGGCUGACCCGCUCUUCUGCCUUAAAAUAGCGAAAGCUGCUCCAAUGUCAACGAUAAGAAGUCAUUUUCUUUUGAAGAACUUUUAUGAGCAUGAAUAAUACCCGGACUGAUUGUUGGCUAUUCUUUUCCAUAAGGAAGCGAUGCAAUCAAGGUUCAAUUAACCAAUGACUAAAUUGGACUCAUGCCCUCCAGCUGUCUCUCUCAGGACACUUAACAACUCCCACUCCUCCUCCUCCUUCUCCUUCUUCUUCUUCUUCUUCUUCUUUAUUGUCAACUAUUACAAACCACCAGUACAUAUUCUCCUCUCCUCUCCUCCUCCUCCUCCUCCUCCUCGUCUUCCUCUUCCUUCUCUUCUUGGCUCCAUAUGUGAGUGAGCAUCACAUGUGUCCGGCAUACAGAGGGCCAUGAAUCUCCCCUCUUAUGGAUACAUGUCACAUGCUCUGUCUGCAGAUGUGGACGGGACGGGGCAGAGUGGGGGUUUCCAUGCUGAUAGAAUUAACAUGUGGAAAUGACUAAGCAGCCUUUAUGUUUCUGAUAUGCUGCGGGUGCUUUAUAUUUCCUGGGGGGCCGUCUUUCUAAAAAUAUGAUUAAUUUAUAGAAAACUCUUUGUUUGCCCUCUCUGGGCUAUUCCAGGCUCGGUGCAUCAUUUGUGGACUGUUUGUCUGCUGAGUUUGUGUGUGCAUGCAUGCGUGGGUUCAUGCAUGCAAACAUAUGUGUGUCUGUGUGUGUGUGUGUGUAUGUGUGUGUGUGUGUGUAUCACCCCUAUGUAACCACCUCCAUGAUGGACUAAUUGGUUUAGCAGCCGAGGGGCCAAAGGGCAGUGCGGCAUAGCAAAACUCAACAUGAACCUGAUGUUGAAGGGAAGCUGGCCCUGCUAUAGGAGGGAAGCAUGUGUGGGACAAUUCCCUUUUUUACCACCCCCCCUCCCACACACACACACAGACACACACACACACACACACACUCCACUUUCCUUUUUCACUUAAAGAAACUCGCAGCAUAAGAAAACAACAUUUUUCACAGUGUUCUGGGCCGCUGCGCUUCAGACUGCAGCAGCAGCACUCGAGGUAAUCUCUUCCAUUUUAACAUAUUUUGAGACCUUCUUCUGACGAGUGUCACAUGCUAUUACAUUAAUCUAGAAUAUUGAAUUGGAAGCUUUUAUGCACUAUGAAUAAUAUACACACUGUGAUAUUCAGGCCAGCCUCAACCUGCAGUAUCAGCGGGCCCCUCAGUGAGGUUUGUGGAGCCUACUUUGUGUGGGGAUCUGAGGGGAUCAUUUACCAGUUCCAACUCCAUUACUAUUCAUGAGAUGGGUAGGCUAGGGGCGAGGGAUUAGGGACUCCCUUGGUGCUUGUUGUGCUGUAGGCUCGGGCUCAGGCCUCAGGCUCCGGGACAGGGGCUGUCUGGCACGGAUGGUGGGUCUAUUAUCACCCUGGGACCCUUCUGUCCCACAGCAGAACACUUACUGGCAGCGCCAGCUAAUGGAAACAGUCUCCCUUGUUCCCUUUCUCCUUUUUCUAACCUCAUCACCCUCCUUGUAUCCUUCCCCCUGCUCUUUAAAAAAAAAAAAAAAAAAGAUGGGGGAAGUUUUCCCAUUCCCUAUUUCAAAGUUGAAAUGGCAUAUUUCUAUUGGCUUCUUUACCGUGAAGAGCUGGGAUGGCUCUAUAUUUGCAGGAAAAAAGUACUUUCCCUCAACUCUGUCAAUGCUUUGAUCCUCAAUUUUCCAAAUUUCUAACAUCCUCCGUUUCCCCCUCACUCCACCCUCCCCCAGGUGAUGAGUAUCCUGAGCAACCCCAGCGCCGUGCCCUCCCAGCCCCAGCACGACUUCUCCAUUUCCCCCCUGCACAGCAGCCUGGAGAGCUCCAACCCCAUCUCCGCCAGCUGUAGCCAACGCUCCGACACCAUCAAGAGCGUGGACAGCCUGGCCUCCUCCCAGUCUUACUGCCCCCCCACCUACAGCGCCACCAGCUACAGUGUGGACCCCGUCACUGCGGGAUACCAGUACAGCCAGUAUGGACAGAGUGAGUAUAAUCCUGGAUCUACACUUGCAUAUAUACUGUAUGCUUGACUUUAGCUUUGGUUUUCUGCACAUAUCUGGGACUUCUGAGAACAUUUUCAUUCCUGGUACUGAGGGCUGGGCGAUACGGUAAAAAGUUUAUCACAAUAUAUUUUUUUCAUAUCAGUCGAUAUCGAUAUAAAACAUGAAAUAAAAAUAAAAUUUAACAGUGCUUAUUGGUAGCAUGUACUUUGCAAUACAAUAAGCUACUGAAUCUGUGAGGUCUUUGUGUCUCCUUGACGUUUUGUCGCAAGGCGUUGCACUAGAGAAAGCGGACUGAAUGGUCGUCUGUUUUCGGUGGUAAAGAGCUAUGGUUGCGUGUAGUUGCAGCCUGAUACCACGCAUUUUUUUGCUUCUUGGUUCUAAUUCAGCACAUGAUUGGUUCAGCGUGAAGUAACUCCCCAGAAACUCCCCUUUUCAUUGGCUAUUCGUAUAGUCUAUCAAAACAUGUCAGAAUGACGACUAUCGAAAAGCAUAUUGACCAUGUUUUAUAUUGAUAUCAAGGGAAAUUAAUUUUCGAUAUAUAUCGUUAUCGUUAUAUUGCCCAGCCCUACUGGUACUUAAAAUAGAGAUACUCAAACUAUUGUUAAAAAACACUCUUUCCUAACUAGCAUUUUUUACAGUGUUAAGUGACUUGUGAUACGCUCGAGUUACCUUGGAAGUCAGAUGUCGAAGCUGAAGUGUUUCAGUUUCGAAGUCGGCGAAAAGCAGAAACAAGAUGGCUACCUUUGCCUUGCCUUGUCCUUGCUUAUAUUCAGACAAGGCAAGCGCUAAAAUAACUUUCAUAGAUGUAGCCAUCUUGUUUCCACCUCCGAUUUUGCCUUUUUCCGACUUGGUAACUGAAACGCAGGUAAUUCGGGUGUGACGUCAUUUUCAGCUCCGUUAUCUGACUUCUGAGGUAACUCAAACACAGCGUUGGUUAUAUCCUCGAAACUUUAGCUAAUUUUUAAAUAAUUGGUGAUAAUAUUCGAUCAGUGAUACCUGAUUGGACAUCAACAUCAGAGCAACUCUUCCAUAUUUGAGAGGGUGUUUUUUGUCUCUCUCUGUGCCCAAACAACAGCAGUUUGUUCUUUUCCGUCCUCUGUCUCGAUUCGAAGAAAUCUUUUUUUAAGUGAUGCCCAACUCCCAGUCAAGAGAGCCUCCUGACCUUUGCACUCUAGUCGGUGGAGACAGACACGUGCUCUUGAUAAAGAGACCCCCUCCAAACACCACCACCACCACCACUAACACCAGCACCAUCCUCCUCGAGAGCUGCCUUAGUCACACCCCACUCCACUUGGAUGGGAAAGAGGAGAGGGCCACUUCAAAGUAACGGCACACCCUCAGGGGCCACAGUGUCCUCUUGCCCACCUCCCUCUCUUUCCCUCUUUCCCUUCUUUUCUCUGUUCUCCAUCAUACACACAUAUAUACACACACAGCCUCGGGGCAGGAAAGAGUUUGCUUUAUUAGAUUAGCAUAAUUGACUGAUGCUGUCACAGCCAUUCACAUGAGGUAAAAUGAAGCGCACUUCCCGCACAAGCUAGCUAGCGCCAGGUAGCUAACAUUUGUUUGUAUUUAUGUGCAGUUUCUCGGUGAAUUGUGAAGCGUUUCUUUCUUUCUUUUGGUAGUGUUUGUGUUUGUGUGUGGAUGCGCAUGCACGUGCGGAUCGGUCCCGUUCUACAGUAUGUGUGCACAGCCGUGUUGUUGUCAGCAGCAGCAGCAGCAGAGAGGGAAAGUGAUGGCAGCGCGGAUGUGAGCUGAUGUGAGGUUAAUUAAGAUGGUGAUUGAGCACAGUGGAUGGGUAAUGAAUGGAGGAGAGAGGAGAGAGCUGCUGUCUGACGAUGAAAAUGAUCGGCCAUGUGGAGUGUGGAGGGCAUGAAAUCAGAGAUGCCAAGUGUAAUGAAGACUGGCACACAGAACACACACGGGGAGCCAUGUGAGUGACAGCGCCGAGACUUUUAGCAGGAUGCACAUGCUCGGUGCCAGCGGCGUGCCAACCUCAGACAAGAGGACAUGGGAGGGGUUUUUAUCUUUCACUCUCUCUGCAUGAAUUGUUUUUUAUUUGACUCACUCGCUUCUGCCACAACUUAUUUCAGCCUUAAUCAGAGAAAUGAAACGAGUCUGAAUGGAACAUAUGUGUCAGGAAUCAACUACCUGUCUGAUGUGAGAUUUUUUUUUUGUUUCUUUUCUCUGUUUCUGUUCAGCUGCUGUCGACUACCUGGCGAAGAACGUGAGCUUGUCCACCCAGAGGAGGAUGAAACUCGGGGACCACUCAGCCGUGCUCGGGCUUCUACAGGUGGAGACGGGACAGGCCUACUGAAGCCACCCCCUAGACAUGGACACCACCCUUCCUGCACCCACCUUCUUCCAUGCACCAUCAAGUCUGGACUCCAGCUCCCGCCAUGACAGCAGAGCGUAGACACUCGGCAGAAAAAGCGACGCUCUGCGGGGUGUGACGAAGCACCUCAAGGAGUGGAAUCGAACUCUUUCACGCCACUGACAGCCACAAGGCGGCUCUGCACACCGUCUCUUCCAUAUUCGGCGUCUCUGCCUCCAUCCCCAGUCCCAUAAAAAACAUGUUUUGUUUUCCUCAAAAGGCCAGACAGGACCCUGAAGCACCCAGGAAUGGUCGGCCGCCUUGGCCUCACUCCCUCUUUGUCAUGGCUGCAGUCCAGCACACAUCCAGAGCCAUCAACAACAUGUACUUUGACCUUGCUGUUCAUAGUAGUUAACAAAGCCAAUAUCAUUUGAACGCCUCUUCUUCUUGUUCUUUUUUGAUAUUGUUAAGAUUAUUGUUGCUGUUCUAUGAUUAUGGUUAAUGUGAUUUAUGUUGUUCUUUGAUUCCACUCGUAUCUCUUUUUCCCUGUUAGAUGUCGGUGUGUAAAAACACAGAGCGGAUGAGACGAUAUGGGAGUGAGUGUCUGUUGCGUGUGCAUGUUUUUGUUUUUUUCCUGUUUUUUUCUUUCGCGUGUCGGCACAGUCUCACAAGAGAGAAUGAUUGUUUUCCAAGCUGCUGCUCCUCUCUGCCUGUUCCCUGAGCUCUAAUGUUCGUGAGCGGUUUGACCUUCCCACUUUCAUAUUCGUCUUGACAUUCCUAAAGAACUUGGCUACUCUGUGGGAAGUCUGGCUGGAUGGAUUCUGCAGGGAAUUAAAGCAGCAUUUUUGGCCGCCAAUAGCUUUCCCCUUCUAACCUCCAUCCCAUCCUUAGCUGCGGUCCGUGGGGAGGCGGGGCAUUGUUUGCAAAAACAGGAUUGGGGAAAUUAAUGUAUUUUGUUUAGAAAUAUGGACCUUGCCAAGGAGGGCUAACUCAAUCCUCCCCUCGACGACUCCUCCUCCUCCCCCCUAAAUCCCAUCUGCUGGGAAACCCUGUGUGACUUUAAAGCAGAUUAAAUCACACAAAAAUAAUGUCAAAGCUAAUUCACAGUGACCCUUCCCAUCACGAGUCAGAAUAUCUGUUUUUAUAGCCCCAUUAGAACAUUUUGUAAAUGCACCUCUAGCUGGUUUAAUCGAGCAUUCCUCGAAACAUUCCACGCACCCCCGUCUACGAAUAAACUAGAAGCAUUCCAACGCUCUCUGUUAUGAGAUUAAAAAGUACACAAGCUGUGGCAUUCACAUGCACUCUGGAAACUCAUUUAAUCCAGUCAGAUGUGAAAGGGCACAGGUAACAGCGCUGAUUGGCUCCCAACUCUUGGUCUCUAAUCCUCUCACAGAAUUGUACAAAAAGAAAAAGUGGAAACGAGACUUUUGUGUAGCACUCAUAGUCGAUUUUUGAUAUGAUCCAGGACCAGCUGUUCCCUUGAGAUGUGUGUGAUAUCUUUUUUUUUAUUUUUAACAUCAGUAUCCUUUUGAUGAUGCUGAUGUAGGCAGACAGGAUUUAGUCCCUAGUCACCUUUAAACCCUGUACAGUAGCUGGAGCAGAUUGUGUAUUGUUUGUUUAUAAAGAGUAUGUUUUAUACUAAAACACAGCUUAUGUGGAGUGAUAGGUAAGCGAGGGAUCUGUGGAAGUAAAUGUGUGAUUUGAGUUUCCUUGACAGGCUUGUUUUUUUGUCUUUUUUUCCUGUUAGGUUUUGUUCUGAUUGUAUUUAAUUGGUUUGACUUGUUUUGACCAAAAGUUUCUGGUUUUAGCCCAGGUAAGAAUGAAUUUGUAUAAAUUAGUACAAUUAAAAAUUCCAUAAAAAAAUGUUCCAAUUGUAUAAAAAGAGGAUCAAACUGAACUCCAUGAACCACACAGGACCACUGUAUAUUUCUAAAGGUGGUGGUUUAAAAGAAGCGUUUUGAGGCUGUUUUCUGACCACCUGAUCUUACAGACUGAUUGUAGAAGUGCAGACCAGACUUGAUCACAGACUCUUAAAAAGACUUUGGUGUGAGAGAGCCCACCAGCGGUUCACAAGCACAACGAGGAUGAUGAUGGUGAUGGUGAUGAUGAUAACGACAACGAUGAUGAUGAUGAUGAUGAUGAUGAAGCCGGUGAAGACGUCCUCUCUGCUUCUGGGACUCGAUUUGUCACGUUCGAUUUUGUUGGACCAAUAAGACUCCAGGAGAGAAAAAGUCAAAAAGCAACUCUGACUCCGCACUGAAUCACAGACUGCUCCUUCCGCUUCGACGCCUCACUCAUGUGUAUAUUUUAAAAAGGAAGAAUUUUAGAAUCGUCUUUAGUGUAUCAAACCCAUUUCUAACACUUGCGUCAACAAACAUUUGGAUAUUUAAACUCCUUUACCUCCUCCCCUCCCUCCCUUCUCCCUGUCUGUUCGACCCUUAACCUCUUUAGUUGCUUUCUGACAUCUGUGCUUUGCUUUUCCUCCUUCUUCUGUUCCGCAUGUGUGUAUAUUAUCAUGGUAUAAUUUAUUCUGCUGUAUGAAGUAUUAGAGUAGUGGGAAACUUGUACUGGUAUUUACUACCUUCAGCCUGUUGGUGUGUUUACUGUAACACUGGCGUAACUGUUAUCAAUUAAAGAUCCAAAAAAUUAUUCAAACUUUUGUCGUUUUUUACAGUGUUUCCU